GAUUUGUGUGCUUUCAUCUAACAAUCAUGGCGGACGCCUUUGGAGACGAUUUGUUCAGCGUGUUCGAUGAGGAACAAACAACUUCAAGUAAAAAGAAACCAUCAAUACCUGAAAAGGGGUAUGUUUAGCUAUAGGUUUUCAUUCGGUUAGAAAGUUAUUUUCAAUUCAUAAAGUAAUGACACGGACAACUAUCAAAUGAGAACACGCGCAAACAGCAUCUUGCCUUGCUGGGUAGACAAUGCUAACGUUAGCUAGCUACUACAGCCUACGUUUACACCGGCAUAUGUUUAUGUUCAAUCCCAGACCCUUGGUAGUGAGAUUGUUGUGUGUUUACCAUUACCUGCCACAUUUUAUUCGUUCAAAUAUCUAGUGUUAGAGAUUUUAGAUACAGUAUAGACGGCAGGUAGUUCUCAAACUAGGCAGCAUUCUGCCUUCUCCCAACAGUCCUCAGCCAUUAGCUUCGCCCACGACUUGCUCGUGAACUACAAUCCCGACGCUGUGUUUUAACGUUUAGAAACGUAAAUAAUCAUCGCUUGCUAUAUGGCUGGUAUUAAAGAUGGUGGAUAAAUUAAGUUGUUUUACUCAGGUCGUUUCUAUUGAAAAAAAGGGUACGUUCCGGUCUGCUUAACGGUGUGUCUCUCCCCAUAGGCACCAAUGCGAUAGCGGCUGGGUCUGGUCUGUUUAGUUAAUUGACUGUAAUGUAACCAUAAAAAAAUGAUGGAGUGAGAUGACUUGCUUCCACUUCUGUCUCUGGUGGUAUCACAGAUGAACACAGGUGUAAUCCUUCCCAAUAUGCCAUCCUGUACAAAUGCUCCACUGUGUCCCCCAUCCAGUUUGAACUUUGACCCUUAUCAAAGGACCACACAAUGGAAGAUCAGCCAGAUAUUGCUGUGGAAUAAUAACCUACCAAGAUAUGGGGCUGUAGUAAAUACUCUAUAUAUACUAAAGUAUGUGGACACCCCUUCAAAUUAGUGGAUUCUGCUAUUUCAGUCACACCUGUUGCUGACAGCUGUAUAACAUCAAGCACACCGCCAUGCAAUCUCCAUAGACAAACAUUGGCAGUAGAAUGACCUUACUGAAGAGCUCAGUGACUUUCAACGUGGCACCGUCAUAGGAUGCCACCUUUCCAACAAGUCAGUAAGUCACAUUUCUGCCCUGCUAGAGCUGCCCUGGUAAACUGUAAGUGCUUUUAUUGUGAAGUGGGAAUGUCUAGGAGCAACAAUGGCUUAGCCGCGAAGUGGUAGGCCACACAAGCUCACAGAACGGGACCGCUGAAGUGCAUAGCGCGCAACAAUCGUCUGUCCUCGGUUGCAAGACUCACUACCGAGUUCCAAACUUCCUCUGGAAGCAACGUCAUCUUCAUGAAAUGGGUUUCCAUGGCCGAGCAGCAGCACACAAGCCCUAGAGCUCCAUGAACACAGUUAUGCCUAACAUUUUUUAGAAGCAUUAGACCAGAACCUUGAUACUGUUUGACGUCUAAGUUUGAUCAGUAAUCAUGAAGAUUAGGCUAUUUUUGCAAUGCCAAGCAUCGGCUGAAGUAGUGGAAAUCUCGCCGCCAUUGGACUCUGGAGCACUGGAAAUGCGUUUUCUGGAGUGAUUAAUCAUGCUUCACCGUCUGGCAGUCCGACGGACAAAUCUAGGUUUGGCGGAUGCCAGGAGAAUGUUACCUGCCCCAAUGCAUAGUGCCAACUGUAAAGUUUGGUGGAGGAGGAAUAAUGGUCUCGGGCUGUUUAUCAUGGUUUGGGCUAGGCCCCUUAGUUCCAGUGAAGGGAAAUCUUAACGCCACAGCAUACAAUUACUUUCUAGACGAUUUUGUGCUUCCAACUUUGUGGCAACAGUUUGGGGAAGGCCCUUUUCUGUUUCAGCAUGACAAUGCCCCCAUGCACAAAGCGAGGUCCAUACAGAAAUGGCUUGUCAAGAUCAGUGUGGAAGAACUUGACUGGCCUGCACAGAGCCCUGACCUCAACCCCAUCUAACAACUUUGGGAUGAAUUGGAACGCCGACUGCGAGCCAGGCCUAAUUGCCCAACAUCAGUGCCCGAACUCACUAAUGCUCUUGUGGCUGAAUGGAAGCAAGUCCCUGCAGCAAUGUUCCAACAUCUAGUGGGACGCCUUCCCAGAAGAGUGGAGGCCGUUAUAGCAGCAAAGGGGGGACCAACUCCAUAUUAAUGCCCAUGAUUUUGGAAUGAGAUGUUCGAUGAGCAGGUGUCCACAUACUUUUGGCAUUGUAGUGUAUCUAAUCAAUAGAAUAAUUAAAAGUUAAAGGAUAGGCUACAACGACCAAGAGUCAACAGGCAGGCUGCUACUUAAUAUUCUGAAUGGAGUUAAUGUUAUUUGUAACUGUAGGAUGAGAAAGUGCAUGCACUGCAGCCUCUUCUAUUCUAAAGAAGCAUUACUGAUUUAUUCUCUCUUUUCAGGAAAGCAACCAGUAAUAAUGACCAAGGUGGAAGUAAUGAGCCCCCUGCUGCCAAGACCAAGAGGGAAGCAGACGACGACGGGACAGAUGAGGUGGUGUUCGGGAAGAAGGCCAAGCUGGAGACUGUCUCUGCAGAGGAGAUCAAGUAAGUUGACAUUACUUUGAACAAUUCUAGAUUUGUGGUCUUAGCUGCUGCCUCCAGAUCAGAUAUAGCUACUGCUGCAGCAUGGGUUCGAAUCCGGCCCACUGCAAUUUCAGCACACUAUCUUUCAUCUUUACCGACUGGCUAGAUUUGUGUUAGUGUAAAGUGUUAUGAUUCCUUGUUGGAGUAGAACCAAAUGGCUUCAUGACUAUAUGAUAUGCAAAUUAGAGUGAAGUGUGAAUUCUACUCAUGAUUGGUUAACUGAUUGAAUGCUAAUGAAUAUGAAAUGGCCAUCCCCAGUCUUGCGGACUGCAUGCCCAAGGUGAAGGUGGAGCCGGUUGAGACAGUGGAAGGAUGCAAUCACGAGGUAAGAGCUUUCACGGGACUUCUGAAAUACUAACAGAAUAUCUUUAUUUUUAUAAAUUUAUGAAACCUAGGUAUAGCCAAAUAUAACAACCGGCUUCCCCUUGCUGACAUUUGUUUUCCUUACCUGUACAGGUGGCCCUGCCUGCCAAUGAAGAGUACAUACAGCUAAAGCCUCGUGUGGGGAAAGCAGCCAAGGUACUGGAACUGUACAUCUCUGUUGCGUGGAUUUGGUGAAAGCACAGUCUGAAAAUCAUGGCCUUGUCAAGUGACUCCAGUCCACCCAUUUUCAAAUAAUCAAAUUUUAUUGGCCACAUGCGCCGAAUACAACAGGUGCAGACAUGACAGUGAAAUGCUUACUUACAGCCCUUAACCAACAGUGCAUUUAUUUUUAACAAAAAAGUAAAAAUUAAACAACAAAGAGCAGAAGUAAAAUAAAAUAACAGUAGGGAGGCUAUAUAUACAGGGGGGUGCCGGUGCAGAGUCAAUGUGCGGGGGCACCGGCUAGUUGAGGUAGUUGAAGUAAUAUGUACAUGUGGGCAGAGUUAAAGUGACUAUGCAUAAAUAAUUAACAGAGUAGCAGCAGCGUAAAAGGAUGGGGUGGGGGGGCAGUGCAAAUAGUCUGGGUAGCCAUGAUUAGCUGUUCAGGAGUCUUAUGGCUUGGGGGUAGAAGCUGUUGAGAAGUCUUUUGGACCUAGACUUGGCACUCCGGUACCGCUUGCCGUGCGGUAGCAGAGAGAACAGUCUAUGACUAGGGUGGCUGGAGUCUUUGACAAUUUUGAGGGCUUUCCUCUGACACCGCCUGGUAUAGAGGUCCUGUAUGGCAGGAAGCUUGGCCCCAAUGAUGUACUGGGCCGUAUGCACUACCCUCUGUAGUGCCUUGCGGUCAGAGGCCAAGCAGUUGCCAUACCAGGCGGUGAUGCAACCAGUCAGGAUGCUCUGAUGGUGCAGCUGUAGAAUUUUUUGAGUAUCUGAGGACCCAUGCCAAAUCUUUUCAGUCUCCUGAGGGGGAAUAGGCUUUGUCGUGCCCUCUUCACGACUGUCUUGGUGUGUUUGGACCAUGAUAGUUUGUUGGUGAUGUGGACCCCAAGGAACUUGAAGUUCUCAACCUGUUCCACUACAGCCCUGUCGAUGAGAAUGAGGGCUUGCUCAGUCCUCUUUUUUUUUCUUCCCUGUAGUCCACAAUCAUCUCCUUUGUCUUGAUCACGUUGAGGUAGAGGUUGUUAUCCUGGCACCACACGGCCAGGUUUCUGACCUCCUCCCUAUAGGCUGUCUCAUCGUUGUCGGUGAUCAGGCCUACCACUGUUCUGUCGUCGGCAAACUUAAUGAUGGUGUUGGAGUCGUGCCUGGCCAUGCAGUCAUGGGUGAACAGGGAGUACAGGAGGGGACUGAACACGCACCCCUGAGGGGCCCCUGUGUUGAGGAUCAGCGUGGCAGAUGUGUUGUUACCGACCCUUACCACCUGGGGGCGGCCUGUCAGUAAGUCCAGGAUCCAGUUGCAGAGGGAGGUGUUUAGCCCCAGGGUCCUUAGCUUAGUGAUGAGCUUAGAGGGCACUAUGGUGUUGAACGCUGAGCUGUAGUCAAUGAAUAACAUUCUCACGUAGGUGUUCCUCUUGUCCAGGUGGGAAAGGGCAGUGUGGAGUGCAAUAGAGAUUGCAUCAUCUGUGGAUCUGUUGGGGCGGUAUGCAAAUUGGAGUGGGUCUAGGGUUUCUGGGAAAAUGGUGUUGAUGUGAGCCAUGACCAGCCUUUCAAAGUCCUUCAUGGCUACAGACGUGAGUGCUACGGGUCGGUAGUCAUUCUUGGGCACAGGGACUAUGGUGGUCUGCUUGAAACAUGUUGGUAUUACAGACUCAGUCAGGGACAUGUUGAAAAUGUCAGUGAAGACACUUGUCAGUUGGUCAGCGCAUGUUCGGAGAACACGUCCUGGUUAUCCGUCUGGCCCUGCGGCCUUGUGAAUGUUGACCUACUUAAAAGUCUUACUCACAUCGGCUACAGAGAGCAUGAUCACAUAGUCAUCCGGAACAGCUGAUGCUCUCAUGCAUGCUUCAGUGUUUCUUGCCUCGAAGCGAGCAUAGAAGUGAUUUAGCUCGUCUGGUAGGCCUGUGCUUCCCUUUGUAGUCUGUAAUAGUUUUCGAGCCCUGCCACAUCCGACGAGCGUCGGAGCCGGUGUAGUACGAUUCAAUCUUAGUCCUGUAUUGACUCUUUGCCUGUUUGUUGGUUAGUCGGAGGGCAUAGCGGGAUUUCUUAAAGGCGUAUGGUGGUCUGCUUGAAACAUGUUGGUAUUACAGACUCAGUCAGGGACAUGUUGAAAAUGUCAGUGAAGACACUUGCCAGUUGGUCAGCAUAUGCUCGGAGUACACGUCCUGGUAAUCCGUCUGGCCCUGCGGCCUUGUGAAUGUUGACCUGCUUAAAAGUCUUACUCACAUCGGCUACGGAGAGCGUGAUCACAUUGUCAUCUGGAACAGCUGGUGCUCUCAUGCAUGCUUCAGUGUUGCUUGCCUCGAAGCGAGCAUAGAAGUGGUUUAGCUCGUCUGGAAGUCUUGUGUCACUGGGCAGCUCGCGGCUGUGCUUCCCUUUGUAGUCUGUAAUAGUUUUCAAGCCCUGCCACAUCCGACGAGCGUCAGAGCCAGUGUAGUAAAGGAUGUGUAGUACGAUUAAAUCUUUUAUGUUCCUGCUAACGUCAAAGUGGUCUCUUUUGCAGGAGUACCCCUUCAUUCUAGAUCCCUUCCAACGUGAGGCCAUUCUGUGUAUAGACAACAACCAAUCAGUGCUUGUGUCUGCCCACACCUCUGCAGGAAAGACCGUCUGUGCAGAGUGAGUUUGACACACUGAGUGUGUUUUAGUUAUUUUGGCUGUCAAUUAGUUAAAUGAUUUAUGUCACUGUUUGGGUCGAAAUUCCACUCACCUGAUGUAUGCACUCACUAACUGUAAGUGGCUCUGGAUAAGAGCGUCUGCUAAAUGACUAAAAUGUAAAAAUGUAAUGUCCAAAUCAGUUCCUGGACUUAGGACCUCAAGGGCCAGAUUAGUGUAUCUAGGCAGUCUCUUAAACACUUUCCCAAACCCACCUCUACCCCUCCCUCCUCCCCCUCCUCCAGGUAUGCCAUAGCUCUAGCCCUGAGAGGGAAGCAGAGGGUCAUCUUCACGAGUCCCAUCAAGGCCCUGAGUAACCAGAAGUACCGAGAGAUGUACGAAGAGUUCCAGGAUGUUGGUUUGAUGACCGGUGAUGUCACCAUUAACCCCACCGCCUCCUGCCUUGUCAUGACCACCGAGGUAUGACAUCAGAGCUUUCCAUUAUCAUCACAUUAUCAACUCUCCGCUCUGUCUGCUCAACUUGAUAUUGCCCUUGGCUCCAACCCCUGCUCCAACCUCUGCUCUUGUCUGUCUCCCCUCUGCUCAAACCUGACUUUCGGAGGGAUUAGGAUGAAACGGAAGACACGUUUCUGUUGGGUGUUUGUGUGUACAUUGAAGACACGUUUCUGUUGGGCUUUUGUGUAUACAUUGAAGACACGUUUCUGUUGGGCGUUUGUGUAUACAUUGAAGACACGUUUCUGUUGGGCGUUUGUGUACAGUUGUGGUCAAAAGUUUUGGUCUUCACAAAGUUUGCUGCUUCAGUGUUACGAAAUAUUUUUGACAGAUGUUACACUGAAGUAUAAUUACAAGUAUUCCAUAAGUGUCAAAGGCUUUUAUUGACAAUUACAUUACGUUUAUGCAAAGAGUCAAUAUUUGCAGUGUUGACCCUUCUUUUUCAAGACCUCUGCAAUCCGCCCUGGCAUGCUGUCAAUUAACUUCUCGGCCACAUCCUGACUGAUGGCAGCCCAUUCUUGCAUAAUCAAUGCUUGGAAUUUGUCAGAAUUUGUGGGUUUUUGUUUGUCCACAUUUUAGUCAUUUAGCAGACGCUCUUAUCCAGAGCGACUUACAGGAGCAAUUAGGGUUGAGUGCCUUGCUCAAGGGCACAUCGACAGAAUUUUCACCUAGUCGGCUCGGGGAUUAGAACCAGCGUCCUUUUGUGGGAGGGCUGAAAUGCAGUGGAAAUGUUUUUUGGGGAUUAAGUUCAUUUUCAUGGCAAAGAGGGACUAUGCAAUUAAUUGCAAUUCAUCUGAUCACUCUUUAUGGCAUUCUGGAGUAUAUGCAAAUUGCCAUCAUCAAAACUGAGGCAGCAGACUUUGUGGAAAUUAGUUUUUGUGUCAUUCUCAAAACUUUUGACCACGACUGUAUACAUUGAAGACACGUUUCUGUUGGGCGUUUGUGUAUACAUUGAACAAUAAAGUAAACGUCUCCUUAUUGUUUCAGAUCCUGAGGAGCAUGUUGUACCGAGGGUCAGAGGUCAUGAGAGAGGUGUCCUGGGUCAUCUUUGAUGAGAUCCAUUACAUGAGAGAUGCAGAGCGUGGCGUGGUCUGGGAGGAGACCAUCAUCCUGCUUCCUGACAAUGUCCACUAUGUCUUCCUGUCUGCCACCAUCCCCAACGCCAAGCAGUUUGCUGAGUGGAUCUGCCACCUCCACAAACAGGUGGGGUUUUAUUUCAACCUCUUACCUUUAUUACUUACUUGACGUAAACCCUUGGUUCCUAUAAGGAGCGCAGGCUGUUGACGGAUGUCCCCCAUCUUGUCCCUCCAGUGGUGUCCUCCACACAUCCUAUUACUGUCACCUCAGCGCUGUCUAGUGACCUGUCACCUCAGCGCUGUCUAGUGACCUGUCACCUCAGCGCUGUCUAGUGACCUGUCACCUCAGCGCUGUCUAGUGACCUGUCACCUCAGCGCUGUCUAGUGACCUGUCACCUCAGCGCUGUCUAGUGACCUGUCACCUCAGCGCUGUCUAGUGACCUGUCACCUCAGCGCUGUCUAGUCUCACUCCAGUGCCAGACUAACCUCGGUCAGCAGAAGGACUGGGCCACAACACUGGCUCUUCCCUUUCGAAGGCCGAGAACACACUUGGAAAUAAUUGACUUAACUGUAAAUAAAGGUUAAAUAAAUAGUUAUUGUGAUGAGAUGCUAAUACUUUACUGGUGACUUCCUCUUGUCCCCAUGCAGCCCUGUCACGUGGUGUAUACUGACUUCCGGCCCACCCCCCUGCAGCACUACAUCUUCCCAGCAGGUGGCGACGGACUUCACCUUGUGGUGGAUGAGAACGUAAGGACAUCCACACUACCAGAGGUUUCCUCUGUCUUGACUAUGACAACGACACGUUACAUUUACUAUACACACUCACUCUGGAGCAGUGGAAACGCGUUGUCUGGAGUGAUGAAUCACGCUUCACCAUCUGGCAGUCCGACGGAUCAAUCUAGGUUUGGCGGAUGCCAGGAGAACGCUACCUGCCCCAAUGCAUAGUGACAACUGUAAAGGAGGAAUAAUGGUCUGGGGCUGUUUUUCAUGGUUCAGGCUAGGUCGGUGUUAAGUGUUAAGCAUUGCUUGCAUCACUGUUGUCAUUCCCACGUGGGGCCAGUAUGAAAAAUGUAUGCACUCACUAAUUGUAAGUCGCUCUGGAUAAGAGCGUCUGCUAAAUGACUAAACAAAAAAACAGGCCAGAUGGGUUACAGUGCUGAGAGCAUACAGAAAUCACUCCAUUAUUUAGGUUUGGUUUACAAUGUCGGUCAGUGGGGUGACUAAGCAUGGUGUUAGGUACCUGGUGAAACAUACAAGUAGCAGCUUAGUGAUACCCAUUCACACCUCUAGGAAUAUCAGCUUAGUGAUAACCAUUCACACCUCUAGGAAUAUCAGCUUAGUGAUAACCAUUCACACCUCUAGGAAUAUCAGCUUAGUGAUAACCAUUCACACCUCUAGGAAUAUCAGCUUAGUGAUAACCAUUCACACCUCUAGGAAUAUCAGCUUAGUGAUAACCAUUCACACCUCUAGGAAUAUCAGCUUAGUGAUAACCAUUCACACCUCUAGGAAUAUCAGCUUAGUGAUAACCAUUCACACCUCUAGGAAUAUCAGCUUAGUGAUAACCAUUCACACCUCUAGGAAUAUCAGCUUAGUGAUAACCAUUCACACCUCUAGGAAUAUCAGCUUAGUGAUAACCAUUCACACCUCUAGGAAUAUCAGCUUAGUGAUAACCAUUCACACCUCUAGGAAUGACCGAUGUGUUUAAUAUUUGGGCCAGAUGCAUUCUAUCAAAGAUUCUGACUGUCGUGAUUGUUUACUAAUAUUACUAAGUUUUAUCCUUCACCACCUGAGUCGAAGUUAGAUAUUUCUGUUUGUAAUAGAAUGUGAAAUGAGCCCAGAGUGUCUGAUCAUGUCUACUCUAGGGUUAGUUAUUGAUCCAGAGUGUCUGAUCGUCUACUCUAGGGUUGGUGCCCUCCUGUAGCUCAGUUGGUAGAGCAUGGCACUUACAACGCCAGGGUUGUGGGUUCGAUUCCCACGGGGGGCCAGUAUGAAAAAUGUACGCACUCACUAACUGUAAGUCGCUCUGGAUGAGAGCAUCUGCUAAAUGACUAAAAUGUAAAUGUGAAAAAUGUUAUUGAUCCAGAGUGUCUGAUCGUGUCUUGUCUCCUCCAGGGAGAGUUCAGAGAGGACAACUUCAACACGGCCAUGCAGGUGCUGAGAGACACAGGGGACUCUGGGGGCAGCAGCGGAGGGGGCAAGUGGGGACGCAAAGGAGGAACACGUGGUGUGUGACUAGUUACCUAUACUACUGACCACAAGUGUUAAUGUGAGCCAAAUUUUGUCAGGGGAUUGUGUAAUCUAAAUUAGGGUUGCAAAAUUCCUGAAACUUUCCCAAAAUCCCCUGUUUUGUUCAAUGUGUGUUGUCUCCUUAGGGCCGUCCAAUGUGUUCAAGAUAGUGAAGAUGAUCAUGGAGAAGAACUUCCAGCCGGUUAUCAUCUUCAGUUUCAGUAAGAAGGAGUGUGAGGCCUACGCCCUGCAGGUGUCCAAGCUGGACUUCAACACAGGUAGCUACUCCCUCAACGGGGGGAUGGUAACACUGUCCUAAUGGGUAUUGGUUAGAGCACACCUAGCAAUGCGCUUUGCAGUGGGAAACGGGUGAUUCAUAUUGGACAUGUUCAGGUAGUCUGCCUCCACCAGUCUGUUUUCUUCUAUUUGGUGCCUGAUGAAUACAACCAUGUACCACCAACGGUGGGACGGAUCCAUGUACCACCAACGGCGGGACGGAUAUGUCAUGAAUUUUGCUAACAGUGUUUUUAAUAAUCGGCAUCACUCAAAAGGGAUUCAAACAGGGUCUAAAAUUAACACCUGCCAAAUGCAGGUAGAUUUUGGCAUUGGUGGGUAAGAUGUCUAUUUCACCAGCCACGUUGGCGUGUGGUCAGGGCUCCACAGUGCUAGUAUUUCUCGCAUUUGUGAAUAAAAAUGGUCUGUAUAGUGUUGUCUGUAUUGUCAUGUGACCAUGGCAUCUACUAUCUCUAUAGUGAUGUGAAUAGAUUUAUGUUUUAGUCAUUUAGCAGACUCUUAUCCAGAGCGAUUUACAGGAGCAAUUAGGGUUAAGUGCCUUACUAAUAAAUAGUCAAGUAUGAUCACGUUUAUAGUCAAAUAAAUGUUGCAGUAGCUGUUUUCAAAGUAUUUUUGGCAUUUUGUUUCAUAACUGCUAAAUUAAUCGCACAAAGUCAAAGAACUACGAAUCCUAUAUAGCCUAUUCCACCUCGUGCUGCAACACUGCCUGGCCGGGUGCUGUGCGCACGUGAAGAGCUGAGUGAAAGAUUCAUUUUUAGAAGCGCUGCGCACAGGCAUAAAAGUUGGUCUAAUUUACUUGAAAUGAAAGUCUACUAAAGUGAGACUUUGACCUUGUGUUUCUUGGCUAUUUACAUUGUUUUGUUCACAAGCUAGGUCGUUUUUCUAUGUUUUGCGUUUCAACCGCUAGAGAAGAGAAGACAACGCUUCUACUAGUCAGACUCAAUGUCACAGGCACAAACAUGACUGGAUUCACGCUGCCACGGUAACCUCCCGCCCUUAAAGGGGCAGGUGAACGUUUUUGUCUCACCUGUGAUAUUAUGGUUUAAAGACUCAGGUCACAAUGUUAUAUUAUUAAACAAUAUGCCACAUUACCUCUUACUAGUAAUGCAUGUAUUGUUUUAGAAACAGUACAAAGCAUGCUUAUUGUUUUUUGUGUGCUUAGUUAGUGUAAUCUUUGAGUAAAAGUAUUUUGAAAUCUACCUGCCACAGUGGCUGGUGGAGCAAAAAGUUAAUUUUAUGUCCUGGAUUCAAAAUGAUGUUUUCUUUUAACUGUACACAUACAGUGGGGGAAAAAAGUAUUUAGUCAGCCACCAAUUGUGCAAGUUCUCCCACUUAAAAAGAUGAGAGAGGCCUGUAAUUUUCAUCAUAGGUACACGUCAACUAUGACAGACAAAUUGAGAAAAGAAAAUCCAGAAAAUCACAUUGUAGGAUUUUUAAUGAAUUUAUUUGCAAAUUAUGGUGGAAUAUAAGUAUUUGGUCACCUACAAACAAGCAAGAUUUCUGGCUCUCACAGACCUGUAACUUCUUCUUUAAGAGGCUCCUCUGUCCUCCACUCGUUACCUGUAUUAAUGGCACCUGUUUGAACUUGUUAUCAGUAUAAAAGACACCUGUCCACAACCUCAAACAGUCACACUCCAAACUCCACUAUGGCCAAGACCAAAAAGCUGUCAAAGGACACCAGAAACAAAAUUGUAGACCUGCACCAGGAUGGGAAGACUGAAUCUGCAAUAGGUAAGCAACUUGGUUUGAAGAAAUCAACUGUGGGAGAAAUUAUUAGGAAAUGGAAGACAUACAAGACCACUGAUAAUCUCCCUAGAUCUGGGGCUCCACGCAAGAUCUCACCCCGUGGGGUCAAAAUGAUCACAAGAACGGUGAGCAAAAAUCCCAGAACCACACGGGGGGACCUAGUGAAUGACCUGCAGAGAGCUGGGACCAAAGUAACAAAGCCUACCAUCAGUAACACACUACGCCGCCAGGGACUCAAAUCCUGCAGUGCCAGACGUGUCCCCCUGCUUAAGCCAGUACAUGUCCAGGCCCGUCUGAAGUUUGCUAGAGUGCAUUUGGAUGAUCCAGAAGAGGAUUGGGAGAAUGUCAUAUGGUCAGAUGAAACCAAAAUAGAACUUUUUGGUAAAAACUCAACUCGUCGUGUUUGGAGGACAAAAAAUGCUGAGUUGCAUCCAAAGAACACCAUACCUACUGUGAAGCAUGGGGGUGGAAACAUCAUGCUUUGGGGCUGUUUUUCUGCAAAGGGACCAGGACGACUGAUCCGUGUAAAGGAAAGAAUGAAUGGGGCCUUGUAUCGUGAGAUUUUGAGUGAAAACCUCCUUCCAUCAGCAAGGGCAUUGAAGAUGAAACGUGGCUGGGUCUUUCAGCAUGACAAUGAUCCCAAACACACCGCCCGGGCAACGAAGGAGUGGCUUCGUAAGAACCAUUUCAAGGUCCUGGAGUGGCCUAGCCAGUCUCCAGAUCUCAACCCCAUAGAAAUCUUUGGAGGGAGUUGAAAGUCCGUGUUGCCCAGCGACAGCCCCAAAACAUCACUGCUCUAGAGGAGAUCUGCAUGGAGGAAUGGGCCAAAAUACCAGCAACAGUGUGUGAAAACCUUGUGAAGACUUACAGAAAACGUUUGACCUGUGUCAUUGCCAACAAAGGGUAUAUAACAAAGUAUUGAGAAACGUUUGUUAUUGACCAAAUACUUAUUUUCCACCGUAAUUUGCAAAUAAUUUCAUAAAAAAUCCUACAAUGUGAUUUUCAGGAUUUGUUUUCUUCUCAUCUUGUCUGUCAUAGUUGACGUGUACCUAUGAUGAAAAUUACAGGCGCCUCUCAUCUUUUUAAGUGGGAGAACUUGCACAAUUGGUGGCUGACUAAAUACUUUUUUUCCCCCACUGUAACUCACUGUUCUCUCUCCUCUGCUGUCUUUGAGGUGUGACUGACAAUACAAACUAAAUCCACUGAUUUGAACGCACAACAUGCCAGCCAUGGGCUACAUAACAGCAUGCCACUCCACACUGGACUACACACUUUCUGUGUGCCAGGAAUACAUAGCAUGUGUCCCAAAGGGCACUCUAUUCACUACUUUUGACCAGGACCCAUUGGGAAUAGGGUAUCUUUUGGCCCAGAACCAUAGAUUGGCUACUCAACACUUGACGACACUCUGUGCCAGUAUGUUAUGCAGCCUAUGCUGAUUUUAUAGGAUGAUGUAGCAGCAGGAUGAUGAAUCUAGGCUGCAGAUCUAAUUGGUUAACUUUGAGGUCCGUCCUGCAUAGCUGGAGAAACUUCACGCUUUCGUGUGUGAUUCGAUUAAGUCAGUUACGUGCAAGAGCACCAAAUGUUCUCUCUCCACCGGCCAGACUAGGAUGGCUGCGUGUUAUGUGAACAGCCUCCUCCAGCAGACAUGAAUAUGCCCUAUUGUGCUUUCUCUGCUGCUUUUAGAUGUUCUCUGCUCUACUUACAGUGGAAAAAAAUGCAUUAUGGGGUGCUGCCCAUUCAGUCUCAGAGGGGGAGAGACAACACAGUGUGUAUUGAUAAAGAUGAUGGAGCAGAUGAAUCUGGGCUUGACCCAACAGAGGAUUCUAUCCCUCCAUCCUGACCACAGGCUGCUUGUAAUGAAAUAACACAUAUUUUGACAUAAUAUCUCCCUUUGUUGUUGCGUUGCAGCACACUGACGCUGAUACAUCUUGCGAAAGAUUUUCUAUUUACACAAUUUGGCUAAGCUGUGCUUAUGUGAGGUGUGGUUUACGCUGAAGCUUUUACAAUAAUUCCUCUCUCUCGCUCUCUCCCUCCCCCCCUCUAAACCCUGUUUAUCACCGUAGCAGUUUUUUAAUAGCAUCGUGAUCAGCAGCAGCACUGUUGUAGUUUCGUCUAAGUAGUAUUUAUAGAAACAGAGCUGCUGGUCUGUUAUUUUCAGGUUUAGGCAAAUCCAGCAUUUCCUUAACUCAGUCCUCAGGACCCCAAGGGGUGCACAUUUUGUUUUUUGACCUAUUACUACACAGCUGAUUCAACUAAUCAUCAAGCUUUGAUUAUUUGAAUCAGAUGUGUAGUACUAGGGCCAAAACCCAAAUGUGCACCCAUUGGGGUCCCCAGGACUGCAAGGAUUGUAGUAAUGCUAUUGGUGAUCAUAGAAAGAGGAGAGCCUCGUGCGUCAGUCUUUCUCUUCUGUCUCUUCCUCCUUCUGACCCCCGCCCCUCUCUUUCUCCUCCCCCCCACCCCCCUCUAAUGAACUACUCUGGCUGGGGUUUAAUCCUUUAUGACUCAUUGUUUCUGGGCUGUGUUUAUGGAACUGUCAGGCAUGGCCUUUACUCUGUGACACUGGUCCUGGAAUCAACCAACAGCACCACAGACUGACUGGCUCUAUGAUGAGUAGCCACACGUUAAAGUGUCUGCUGCUGACUAAUUGACUGAUGAAGUGUCACAUUCUUAUAUAAGUGGUCUAUCACUUGACCAGGCUGCCAAGAGCAUCAGACAGACUGGCUCUAUGAAAAUGUCAUAUGUUUCAGUUUCUCAGGCUUACCUGGAUGUCAUCUGAUAAACUGUAUAGUGUGGUGUCUGUGUAGUGUGGUGGCUGCAUAGUGUGGUGGCUGCAUAGUGUGGUGGCUGCAUAGUGUGGUGUCUGGGCCCCGUGUAGCUCAGUUGGUAGAGCAUGGCGCUUGCAACGCCAGGGUUGUGGGUUUCGUUUCCCACGGGGGGCCAGUAUGAAAAUGUAUGCACUCACUAACUGUAAGUCGCUCUGGAUAAGAGCGUCUGCUAAAUGACUAAAAUGUAACGUGUCUGUAUGGUGUGGUGUCUGUAUAGUGUGGAGUCUGUGUGGUGUGGAGUCUGUGUGGUGUGGAGUCUGUAUGGUGUGGUGUCUGUGUGGUGUGGUGUCUGUGUGGUGUGGUGUCUGUAUGGUGUGGUGUCUGUAUGGUGUGGUGUCUGUAUGGUGUGGUGUCUGUAUGGUGUGGUGUCUGUUUGGUGUGGUGUCUGUAUGGUGUGGUGUCUGGUAUGGUGUCGGUGUGGUGUCUGUAUGGUGUGGUGUCUGUGUGGUGUGGUGUCUGUGUGGUGUGGUGUCUGUAUAGUGUGGUGUCUGUAUGGUGUGGUGUCUGGUGUGGUGUCUGUAUGGUGUGGUGUCUGUAUAGUGUGGAGUCUGUGUGGUGUGGUGUCUGUAUGGUGUGGUGUCUGUAUGGUGUGGUGUCUGUAUGGUGUGGUGUCUGUAUAGUGUGGAGUCUGUGUGGUGUGGAGUCUGUGUGGUGUGGUGUCUGUAUGGUGUGGUGUCUGUAUGGUGUGGUGUCUGUAUAGUGUGGAGUCUGUAUAGUGUGGUGUAUGUAUGGUGUGGUGUCUGUGUGGUGUCUGUGUGGUGUGGUGUCUGUAUAGGUGUGGAGUCUGUAUGGUGGUGGUGUCUGUUGUGGUGUGGUAUGUUGGUGUCUGUAUGGUGUGGUGUCUGUAUGUUGGUCUGUUGGUGUCUGUAUGUGUGGUGUCUUAUGUGUGUGUGUCUGUAUGUGGUGUGGUGUCUUUGUGUGGUGUCUGUAUGUGUGGUUGUGGUGUCUGUAUGUGUGUGGUGUCUGGUGUGUGUGUGGUGUCUGUAUGUGUGGAGUCUGUAUAGUGUGGUGUUUUGUGUCUGUUGUGUGGUGUCUGUAUGUGUGGUGUCUGUGUGAGUGUGUGUGGUGUGUCUGUAUGUGUGGUGUCUGUAGUGGUUGUUGUGGUGUCUGUUGUGGUUGUAUGGUGUCUUUGUGGUGUCUGUAUAGUGUGGUGUCUGUAUAGUGUGGUGUCUGUAUAGUGUGGUGUCUGUGUGGUGUCUGUAUGGUGUGGUGUGUGGUGUGGUGUCUGUGUGGUGUGGUGUCUGUAUUGUGGAGUCUGUGUAUGUGUGUGGUGUCUGUAUUGUGGUGUCUGUGUGGUCUGUAUGUGUGUGUUUGUUGGUGCUGUAUUGUGUGUGUCUGUAUGUGUGGUGUCUGUUGUGGUGUGUAGGUGGUCUGUAUGUGUGGGUCUGUAUGGUGUGGUGUCUGUAUGGUGUGGUGUCUUAUGUGUGGUCUGUAUGUGUGUGUCUGUAUGUGUGGUGUCUGUUGGUGUGGAGUCUGUAUAGUGUGGUGUCUGUAUGUUGGUAGUCUGUUAGGAUGUGUGUCUGUAUGUGGGUGAUCUGUAUGGUGUUCUGCUGUAAUGUGUGGAUCUGUAUAGUGUGGUGUCUGUAUGUGUGGGUCCUGGUUGAUGUUGUUGUUGUCUUAAUGGUGCUUGGUUGUCUGUACAUUCUAGAUCUUAAUGUGUGAGUUGUCUGUAUGGUUGAGACUUCCUGUAUCCAGCCUUCGUGAGAUCAUGUUGUGCACUAGUGUCCUUGUCAUGGUAUGACUGUAUGUAGAUGAGUCUGUUGAACUACACGCUGUCGGUGUACUGCUAUCAACGUGUGUGUCAUGUAUGGUCGUGGAGAGACUGCUAUGAGAUGUUUCCGUUAGUCUUCAGGAGUCUGUAUGUGUGAGUCUGCAUUUACAAUGUGUGUCUGAUGCUGUUGAGUGUCUGUAUGUGGUGGUAGUCUGAACCGUGUCUGUUUAUUCCAUGUGCAGAUCAGUACUUUAAGCGUUUCACAUAGACGUUACUUGAUCAAUUUAGAGAUUUAUCGAGUGACUUCAACACUAGGGUCUUUCAGUUCAACUCUGUACUUUUACAGUCUGCUCUGCUACAUUGUUCUCAGACAAAACACACACUACCUGUCAGAGGGUCCCGUGUAGCUCAGUUGGUAGAGCAUGGCGCUUGCAACGCCAGGGUUGUGGGUUCGAUUCCCACGAGGGACCAGUACGAAAAUGUAUGCACUCACUACUGCAAGUUGCUCCAGAUAAGAGCGUCUGCUAAAUGACAAAUGUAAAGGUAGAAGGCGGAUGUUGAGCUUUGGAGUGACUCCACUCCGUCUGUGAGGUGAGAGAGGCUACGCUACACACGUCUCAUGGUCAACUGUCCCACUGAAUAUGCAAAUGUCCCAUUUGUUUUUCCAGAUGAGGAGAAGAAGCUUGUAGAGGAAGUGUUUAACAACGCUGUAGACUGUCUGUCGGACGAUGACAAGAAGCUGCCUCAGGUGAGUCGUUGGUUGAUUGAUUUGAACAUUAAAUACACACACACACUGAAAGGAGUCUGAUUUGCUUGUUUGCAAUACAUGCUGUUCUCACUUAAAUUAGUGAUUUGUUAGCCUUCUUCUGGCACCUUGUAAGCCAUUAACUUUUCCCCAUUUCUUUCAGCGACCUUUUAUGGACGGCGCUCUCAUCACGCUAAGCUUUUAACUGCUGUGAAGCAUCACCAUUUCAUACACGCCACACAGCCAUUUCAUACACGCCACACAGCCAUUUCAUACACGCCACACAGCCAUUUCAUGCAAGCCAUACAAUGUCAAUAGAGGCACAAGAAAUGACUCCUGUCGUGUUGAACUCCACUCUAAUAAAUAAGUCUGUGAAAAUUGGGUCUCCUUGAUGUGUGGUCGUCUAUGGCUAUUAUAACUUCACCACACGAGCCACGUCAAAGAGCAACGUGAAGAGCUUGUUCUGAAAUGGCUCAGCUCGGUGACAUGCUGAGAUAUUUUGGAGGUUCUGAAAGUCGAUUCUUUAUAAGAAGGAGCCUGUAAAAGUUUCCACCACACUCCGUGGCUCGUGCUGGUGGCUUUGAUUAUACACACACACACACAGUAUUUCCUUAUUUCCCUUAAUACCGUUAGUUCAGGCUGUAUUGGAUAUGUUCUCCUGUGGUUGUUUUUGAUCGUGUCGUUUUAGCAGGUAGCCUAGCGAUUUAAGACAAUUGGGCCAGUAACCGAAAGGUCGCUGGUUCGAAUCCCCAAGCCGACUAAGUAAAAAGCUGCCGACUUACCCUUGAGCAAGGCACUUAACCCUAAUUGUUCCUGUAAGUCGCUCUGGAAAGAGUGUCUGCUAAGUGACUAAAAUGUAAAAUUAUACUGAGCGGCGGUCGUUGGUGUGUAGUGUAGUAGAGAUGUCAGAAGGCUGCUGCAUUAUGAAGGCCGGCUCAGAAGGUUUAAUGGUCACAACCAUGUGUGUGGCUCUGCUAGGGUCAGAGGAGGAUAGAGGGACUAGUUCUAUUAUUCAGAUGGAUGGCUGGCCAAGCUAGUGUGAACAGUAAAAAUACCAUUUAAUUGAUCUGACUUUGUAUGGCUUCACUGAUUUCUACAGUGUCCUUUCUUUGACAUAUGUUAGUGUGUCUUUGACAAGAAACGUGUUAUCUUAAUCAAAUCUGAUUAUUCUUGCUGUGUGUUUCCAGGUAGAGAAUGUUGUACCCCUACUGAAGAGAGGUAUAGGAAUUCAUCACGGGGGACUGCUCCCCAUCCUGAAGGAAACCAUCGAGAUCCUCUUCUCUGAGGGGCUAAUUAAGGUAGGCCUUGCCGGUCUGGAACUCACUUUAAAUUAUACAGGACUUUGUCAUUCACUAGAACCCUUUUCCAGAUGUCACUCUGACCCCCAACCAUUCUGUGCUGGCUUGGAUAUUGUCCUUUCCAGCACGGUUCCAGCAACUAUUAUGGAUGCUACCAGACCAGCACAGUACACCUCGGCUAAUCUCAGCUCAAUAGGGUGAAAAGGCUAUAGCCAUUCCUGUGUGUUUCAUUAGGAGUGAGUUUGUUAAAUGUGAUGUUAUUGAUCCUCUCUCCACAGGCGUUGUUCGCCACAGAGACCUUUGCCAUGGGCAUCAACAUGCCUGCCCGCACCGUCCUGUUCACCAGCGCACGCAAGUUUGACGGCAAAGACUUCCGCUGGGUAACACUCCUUUUAAUUAGCCAGACUACCGCUGGGUAACACUCCUUUUAAUAAGCCAGACUACCGCUGGGUAACACUCCUUUUAAUAAGCCAGACUACCACUGGGUAACACUCCUUUUAAUAAGCCAGACUACCGCUGGGUAACACUCCUUUUAAUAAGCCAGACUACCGCUGGGUAACACUCCUUUUAAUAAGCCAGACUUCCGCUGGGUAACACUCCUUUUAAUAAGCCAGACUACCGCUGGGUAAUGUUCCUUUUAAUUAGCCAGACUACCGCUGGGUAACACUCCUUUUAAUAAGCCAGACUACCGCUGGGUAACACUCCUUUUAAUAAGCCAGACUACCGCUUGGUAACACUCCUUUUAAUAAGCCAGACUACCGCUGGGUAACACUCCUUUUAAUAAGCCAGACUACCGCUGGGUAACACUCCUUUUAAUAAGCCAGACUUCCGCUGGGUAACACUCCUUUUAAUAAGCCAGACUACCGCUGGGUAACGCUCCUUUUAAUAAGCUUAGACUACCGCUGGGUAACACUCCUUUUAAUAAGCCAGACUUCCGCUGGGUAACACUCCUUUUAAUAAGCCAGACUACCGCUGGGUAACACUCCUUUUAAAUAAGACAGACUACCGCUGGGUAACACUCCUUUUAAAUAAGCCAGACUUCCGCUGGGUAACACUCCUUUUAAAUAAGCCAGACUUCCGCUGGGUAACACUCCUUUUAAAAAAGCCAGACUUCCGACUGGGUAACACUCCUUUUUAAAUAAGCCAGACCUCCGCUGGGUAACACUCCUUUUAAAUAAGCCAGACUUCCGCUGGGUAACACUCCUUUUAAAUAAGCCAGACUUCCGACUGGGUAACACUCCUUUUAAAUAAGCCAGACCUCCGCUGGGUAACACUCCUUUUAAAUAAGCCAGACUUCCGCUGGGUAACACUCCUUUUAAAUAAGCCAGACUUCCGACUGGGUAACACUCCUUUUAAUAAGCCAGACCUCCGCUGGUAACAUCUCCUUUUAAAUAAGCCAGACUUCCGACUGGGUAACACUUUCCCUUUUUAAUAAGCCAGACUUCCGACUGGGUAACACUCCUUUUAAUAAGCCAGACUUCCGACUGGGUAACACUCCUUUUUAAUAAGCCAGACUUCCGACUGGGUAACACUCCUUUUUAAUAAGCCAGACUUCCGACUGGGUAACACUCCUUUUUAAUAAGCCAGACUGACUCACUACUUAUUUGUUAUUUCCUGGAGGAACAUAGCCCGCUGUACUGUCAUAGUAUUCCCCCUCCAGAAUGAAGUGUCCAGUUGAUUUUCCAACCUGUCUGUAACUGGCUAAACACAGACCUGUGAUUGUACCACGUUGGUCAAGACAGGGUCACUCCAGUAUGUCAGUGACUGACCGUAUCCUCAUGGGGACAUUUUCUUCAUUACAGUUUCAUCACUCCCUGGAAUGAUUAAUAGCCUUCAUUAGGUUGGGCUCAACUCAAUAGCCGUGUGUCUCUAUGUGGGUAAUUCCUGCUAUGUUACAACCAGACUGACGGAUGAGCCCAGGGUUAACUUGAUGUAGUGCAGAGCUCUUCUCUCUGUCUGACAGGUCAUCAUUUCCGUUGUGUGUGUGCAUUGACGCCUUUAUAAGGCCGUGGAGGGAGCCACGUAUUGUUUAUGUGAGGAGCUUGGGGCCACGGGGCCGGCCGUGAAUCAAGCUGUUGAAUGAAAGGGCCAGAUUUUAAAAAAAAAGGGCCCCCCCCUUUUUUUUUUCCCCCGGGAAAAUUUCCCUUUUUAAACCCCUUUUUUGGGGAAAAAAUUUUUUUUAAAAACCCCCCCCCCUUUUUUUUUAAAAAAAAAAAGGGCCCUUUUUUAAAAAAAAAACCCCUUAAAAUUUUUAAACCCAAAUUCCCCCCCCUUUUUAAACCCCUUUUUAAAAAUUUUUUUGGGGGGGAAAAACCCCCUUUUUUUCCUUUUCCCCCAAAAAUUUUUUUAAAACCCCCCCCAAAAAAAAAUUUUUUUUGGGCCCCCCUUUUUUCCCCCUUUUGGGGCCCUUUUUUCCCUUUUUUUUUUUAAACCCGGGAAAAAGGCCCCCCAUUUUAAUUUCCCCCCUUUUUGGGUUUUUUUUUUUCCCGGGGAAAACCCAAAAAGGGUUUUCCCGGGGGGGUUCCCCUUUUCAAGGGGCCGGUUUUUUUUUUUUUUUAAAGGCCCCCAAAAAGGGGGUUUUAAAAUUUUUUUUUUCCCCCGGGGGCCCCCCCAAAAAAAUUUUUUUUGGGGAAACCAACCCCCCCCGGGGGGGGGGGGGGGUUUUGGGGGGCCCCCCUUUCCCCCGGGGGGUUUUUUCCCCUUUUUUUUUUUGGGGGGGGGUUUGGGGGGGUUUUUUUUUUUUCCCCUUUUCCCUUUUUUUUUUUUCCCCUUUUUUGGGGGGGUUUUCCCCCGGGUUUUUUUUUUUUUUUUUUGGGGGGGGUUUUUUUUUUUUUUUUUUUUUUGGGGGGGGUUUUUUUUUGGGGGGGGGGGGUUUUUUUUUUUUUUUUUUUUUUUUUUUUUUUUUUUUUUUUUUUUUUUUUUUUUUCUUUUUUCCCCCCCCUUUUUUUUUUUUUUAAAAAAAAAGGGGGGGGGGGGGGGGGGUUUUUUUUUUUCCCCCCGAAAAAUUUUUUUUUUUUUGGCCCCCUUCCCCGGUUUUUUUCCCCCCCUUUUCCCCCUUUUUUUUUCCUUCCCCCCCCUUCUUUUUCCCCUUUUUUUUCCCCCCCCCCCCCCCCUUUUUUUUUUCCCCCCCUUUUUUUCCCCCCCCUUUCCCCCCACCCCCUCUUUUUCCCCCCCCCCUUCCCCCCUCCCCCCCCCCCCCCAAACCCCCCCCCCCCCCCUUCCCCCCCCCCUUUUUUUCCCCCCCCCCCCCCUUUUCCCCCCCCCCCUUCCCCCCCCUUCCCUUUUUUCCCCCCCCCCCCCCUCCCUUUCCCCCCUUUUUCCUCUCCCCCUUUCCCCCCCCCCCCCCCCCCCCCCCCCCCUUCCCCUUUUUUCCCCCCUUUCCUUCCCCCCCUCCCCCCCCCCCUUUUCCCCCCCUUUCCCCCCCCCCUUUCCCCCCCCCCCCCCUUUUUUUUCCUUCCCUCCCUCCCCCCCCUCUCUUCCCCCCCCCUCCCUCCCCCCCCCUUUUCCCCCCCUCCCCCCCCCCCCCCCCCCCAUCUCUCCCUUCCCCCCCUCCCCCUUUUUCCUUUCCCCCCCCCCCCCCCCCCCCUUUUCCCCUUCCCCCCCCCCCCCCCUUCCCCCCCCCCCCCUCCCCUUCCCCCCUUCCCCCCCCCCCCUCCCCCCUUUCCCCCCCCCCCCUUUCCCCCCCCCCCUCCCCCCCCCCCCCUUCCUUUCCCCCCCCCCCUCCUUUCCCCCCCCUCCUUCCCCCCCCCCUUUUCCCCCCCCCCUUUCCCCUUUUUUCCCCCCCCCCCCUUUCCCCCCCCCCCCCCCUUUCCCCCCCCUUCCCCCCCCCUCCUUCCCCCCCCCUCCCUCCUUUUUUCCCCCCCCCCCCUUUUUCCCCCCCCCCCCCCCCCUUUCCCCCCCCCCCCCCUCCCCCCCCCCCCCCCCCCCCUCCCCCCCCUUCCCCCCCCCCCUUUUCCCCCCCCCCCCUUUUUCCCCCCCCCCCCCCCCCCCCCCAAAAAAAAAACCCCCCCCCCCCUCCCCCCCCCCCCCCCCCCCCUUUCCCCCCCCCCCCCCCCCCCCUUUCCCCCCCCCCCUCCCCCCUUUUUUUCCUUUCCCCCCCCCCCUUUCCCCCCCUCCCCCCCCUCCCCUUCCCCCCUCCCCCCCCCCCCCCCCCCCUUCCCCCCCCCCCCCCUUCCCCCCCCCCCUUCCCUUUUUUCCCCCCCCUUUGGGGGGCCCCCCCCCCCCCCCCUCCCCUUCCCUUUUCCCCCCCCCCUCCCUCCCUUCCCCCCUUUCCCCCCCCCCCCCCCGUCCCCCCCCCCCCCCUUUUCCCCCCCCCCCCCCCCCCCCCCCCCCUCCCUCCCCUCCCCCCCCCCCCCCCCCUUCCCCCCCCCCCCCCCCUCCCCCCCCCCCCCCCCCUCCCCUUUUCCCCCCCCCCUCCCUCCCUUUCCCCCCCCCCCCCCUUUCCCCCCCCCCCCCCAAAACCCCCCCCCCUCUCCCCCUCCCCCCCCCCCCCCCCCCCCCCUUUCCCUUUUUCCCCCCUCCCCCUUUUCCCCCCCUUUCCCCCCCUUUCCCCCCCCCCUCCUUCCCCCCCCCUCCCCCCCCCCCCUCCCUUCCCCCCCCUCCCUCCCCCCCCUUCCUUUCCCCCCCCCCCUCCCUCCCCCCUCCCCUUCCCCCCCCCUUUUUCCUUUCCCCCCCCCCCCCUUUCCCCCCCCUUCCCCCCCCCUCCCCACCCCCCCCCUUUUCCCCCCCUUCCCCCCCCCCCCCCCCCCCCCCUUCCCUCCCUCCCCUCUCUCCCCCCCCCCCCCCCUUUUUCCCCCCUUUUUUCCCUCCCCCCCCCCCCCCCCCCCCCCCUCCCUCCCCCCCCCCCCCCUUUCCCCCCCCCUUUCCCCCCCCCCUCUCCCCCCCCCCCCCUUUUCCCCCCCCCCCCCCCCCCCCCUUCCCCCCCCCCCCUCCCUCCCCCCCCUUCCCCUUUCCCCCCCCCCCCCUCCCCCUUUUCCCUUUCCCCCCCCCCCCCCUCUCUCCUUCCCCCCCCCCCCCUCCCCUUCCCCCCCCCCCCUCCCCCUUUUCCCCCCCCCCCCCCCCCCCCCCCCCCCUUUCCCCCUCCCCCCCCCCUUCCCCCCCUUUCCCCCCCCCCUCCCCCUUUCCCCCCCCCCCCCCUCCCCUUCCCCCCCCCCCCCUCCCCCCCCCCUUCCCCCCCCCCUCCCCCCCCCCGGGCCCCGCCCCCCUCCCCCCUUCCCCCCCCCCUCCCUCCCUUUGGGCCCCUUUCCCCCCCCCCUUCCCCCCCCCCCCCCUCCCCCCCCUUUCCCCCCCCCCCUUUCCCCUCUUCCCCCCCCCCCCCCCCCCCCCCCCCCCCUUCCCCCCCCCCCCCCCCCCCCCCCCUUCCCCCCCCUCCCUCCCCCCCUUUCCCCCUUCCUUUUCCCCCCCCCCCCCCCCCCCCUUUUUUCCCUCCCUCCCUUCCCCUUUUCCCCCCCCCCCCCCCCCCCCCUUUCCCCCCCCCCCUCCCCCCCCCCCCCGGGCCCUUUCCCCCCCCCCCCUCCCCCUCCCCCUUUUCCCCCCCCCCCCCCCCCCCCCCCCCCCCCCUCCCCCCCCCUUUUUUUCCCUCCCCUCCCCCCGCCCCCCCCUCCUUUUUUCCCCCCCCCCCUUUCCCUUCCCCUUUCCCCCCCCCCCCCCCCCCCUUUUUCCCCCCCCCCCCCCCCCCCCCCCCUUUCCCCCCCUCCCCCCCCCUUUCCCCCCCCCUCCCCCCUUCCCCCCCCCUCCCCUCGCCUUUCCCCCCCCUCCCCCCCUCCCUCCCCUUUCCCCCCCCCCCCCCCCCCCCUUUCCCCCCCCCCGCCCUUCCCCCCCCCCCCUCCCUCCCCCCUCCCCCCCCCCCCUUUUCCCCCCUUUUUUUCCCCCCCCCCCCCCCCCCCUUCCCCCCCCCCCCCCCCUUCCCCCCCCGGGCCCCCCCCCCCCCCAAACCCCCCCCUCCUCCCUCCCUUUCCCCCCCCUUUUCCCCCCCCUUUUUCCCCCCCUCUCCCCCCCCCCCCUCCCCCCUUUUCCCCCCUUUCCCCCCCCCCCUCCCCCUUUUUCCCCCCCCCUCCCCAUCCCUUCCCCCCCCCCCCCCCCAAACCCCUUUUUCCCCCCCCCCCCCUUUCCCCCAAAACCCCCCCCCCUUUCCCUUUUUUCCCCCCCCCCCCCCCCCCCCCCCCCUUCCCCCCCCCCCCCCCCCUUUCCCCCCCUUUUCCCCCCCCCCCCCCCCCCCCCCCCUCCCUCCCUCCCCCCUUCCCUCCCCCCCCCCCUUUUUCCCCCCCCCCCCAUUUCCCCCCCCCCCCCCUUUUCCCCCCCCCCCCCCCCCCCUUCCCUCCCCCUCUCCUUUCCCCCCCCCCCCCCCUUUUCCCCCCCCCCCCUCCCCCCCCUCCCCCCCCCCCCUUUCCCCCCCCCCCUCCCCUUCCCCCCGGGCCCCCCCCCCCCCCUCCCCUUUUUCCCCCUUUUUUCCCCCCCCCCCCCCCCCCCCCCCCCCCCCCCCCCCCUUUUCCCCUUUUUUUCCCCCCCCCCUUUUCCCCUUUUCCCCCCCCCCUCUCCCCCCCCUUUCCCCCCUUUCCCCCCCCCCCCCCCUCCCCUUUUUUCCCCCUUUUUCCCCCCCCUUUUUUUCCCCCCCCCCCCCCUUCCCCCCCCCCUCCUUUUUUUCCCCCCCCCCCCCCCCCCCCUUUUCCCCCCUCCCCCCCCCCUCCCCCCCCCCCCCCUCCCCCCCCCCCCCCCCUCUCCCCCCCCCCCGGCCCCCUUCCCCCCCCCCCCCCUCCCCCCCCCCUUUCCCCCCCCCCCCCCCCUUUCCCCCCCCCCCCUCCCCCCCCCCCCCCCCCCCCCCCCUUCCCCUUUCCCCCCCCCCUUUUCCUUUCCCCCCCCCCCCCCCCUUCCCCUUCCCCCCUUCCCCCCUUUUCCCUUCCCCUUUUCCCCCUUCCCUUUUUUCCCAUCCCCCCCCCUUCCCCCCCCCCCCCUUUUUCCCCCCCCCUUUUUCCCCCCCCCCCCCCCAAAAAAAAAUCCCCCUCUCCCCCCCUUUUUUCCCCCCCCCCCCCCUUUCCCCCUUUCCCCCCCCCGGCCCCCCCCCCCCCCCCCCCCCUUUCCCCCCCUCUCUCCCCCCUUUUUCCCCCCUUUCCCCCUUUUUCCCCUUUUUUCCCCCCCCCCCCCCUUCCCCCCCCCCCACCCCCCCCCCCCCCCUUCCCCCCCCCCCCCCCCCUUUUCCCCCCCCCCCCCAACCCCCCCCCCCCCCCCCCCCCCCCUCCCUUCCCUUUCCCCCCCCCCUUUUCCCCUUUCCCCCCCCCCCCCCCCCCUUUUCCCCCCCCCCCCCCCCCCCCCGGGGGGCCCCCCCCCCCCCCUUUUUUUUCCCCCCCCCUUCCCCCUUUCCCCCCUUUUCCCCCCCCCCUCCUUCCCCCCUCCCCAAAAAGGGGGGGGGCCCCCCCAAAACCCCCCCUUUUUUUCCCCCCCUUUUCCCAAAUUUUUUUUCCCCUUUUCCCCCCCCCCUUUUUUUUUUCCCCCCCCCUUUUUUUUCCCCCCCAAAGGUUUUUUCCCCCCCCCCCCCUGUUUUCCCCCCCCUUUUUUUUUUUAAAAAAAAAUUUUUUCCCCCUUCCCCCCCCCUUUUUUUUCCCCCCCCCUUUUUUUUUUUCCCCCUUUUUUAAACCUUUUUCCCCCCCCCCUUUUUCCCCUUUUUCCCCCCCCCCCCAAAAAAAAGGGGGGCUUUCCCCCUUUUUCCCCCCCCCGGGUUUUUUUUUUUUUCCCCCCCCCCCCUUUUUUUCCCCUUUUUUUUUUUGGGGGGGAAAAAAAACUCCCUUCCCCCCGGGCCCCCCCCGGGCCCCCCUUUUUCCCCCCCUUUUUUUCCCCCCUUUCCCCUUUUAAAAACCCCAAAAACCCCCCCCCUUUUUUUUUUUCCCCCCCCCCUUUGGGGGGGAAAACCCCCCCUUUUUCCCCUUUUUUUUCCCCCCCCCGGGCCCCCCCCCUUUUUUUUUCCCCCCCCCCCCCUUUUAAAUUAAGGGGGUUUGGGGAAAAAAAAACCCCCCCCCGGGGAAAAACCCCCUUUUUUGUUUUAAAAGGAAAAACCCCUUUUUUUUGGGGGCCGAGGGGGAAAAUUUAAAAAAAUUUUUUUUUUUUUUUCGGGGGUUUUCCCAAAGGGUUUUCCCCCAAAAAAAAACCCCCCUUUUUGUUUUAAAAAUUUUUUAAAAAAAUUUUUUUUUUAAUUUUUUUGGGGGGGAAAAAAAAACCCCCGGGGCCCCCAAAUUCCCUUUUUUUAAAAAAAAAAAAAAAAAAUUUUUAAAAAAAGAAAUUUAAAAUUUUUUUUUUUCCCCCCCCCCUUUUUUUUGGUUUUAAAAACCCCUUUUUUUUGGGAAAAAAAAAAACCCCCGGGGGAAAAAACCCCCCCUUUCCCCCCUUUUUCCCCCCCCAAAAAAAAACUUUAAAAAAUUUUAAAAAAGGGGGGGGAAAGGGUUAAAAACCCCGGCCCCCUUUUUUCCCCAAAAAAAGGGGGGGGGGUUUUUUUUUUUUUCCUUUUUCCCCCCUCCCCCCCAAAAAAAAGGGGGGGAAAAAAAACCCCAAAAAAACCUUGGGGCCCCCCUUUUCAGAAAAAUGCAUUUGAACAUGUACAUGUAGACCUCUAAAAAUAAUCCUUGCGUCGACAUAUGACUCACGCAUUCUGUACACAUUUCUUUGAGUGACUAGAAACUAAAACAGUUUGCCUUGUUUCAUUGGUCCUCCUCCUUAUUCUCCUGUACAUGACAUCUCUGUGUGAAUAUUGACGUGGCUACGUGUGUGUUUGACAGAUGUGUGACCGUUAUUAGAGACCAUAUGUGUUGUGCACCUCUCUCUCUCUGUCUGUGUAUGUUAGAUCACGUCUGGCGAGUACAUCCAGAUGUCAGGCCGAGCUGGCAGGAGAGGGAUGGAUGAGAGAGGGAUUGUUAUCUUCAUGGUUGAUGAGAAGAUGAGCCCUGCGGUGGGGAAACAGCUGCUCAAGGUACUACUGCCUCAACAGACUGCACACUGGGGCUUUAAAUAACAGCCGUGUGUGGAACAUAUUCAUAGAGAUGAAUCAUUCUCAUAGUUUAUCUCCAUGUGUAUAUGUACAGUGUCAAUGCACACACAAAUGAUUGGGAUGCCUGAAGUGUUGGCAUUGAUAUAUCUUUAGACGUUAUACAGUGUACAUACUAAGACAAAUGUGUUAUGAGUCCCUGUAGACUUGGGCCAGUUGUAAAACCCGUUCAGCACCAGACCAGUAACUCUUGGAACGUUGCAAUAAUAUAUAACCCCCUGUUGGGAUGAUGUCACAAUGGUUCUCGUGCCAACACAUCUCCCCAAGUGUUCUUAAAACGACUCAAUCUCUCCCCUCCACACGCUGUCCAAGUGACAUACAGGCUCUGUGAUUGAUUGCAAUGAGGGGGGUGGAGAGAGUAAUGGAUUUACAAGAACAACCUGAGCCGACCCUCAUAUCCUCCUGAGCUGCAGUGGGAGAGUGAGUAACUCGUUUUGGGGUUGUGUACUGGGUCAUAGAGCUCCUUCCCGGCCCUCGGAUCAUUUACGAACAUGCUCCACAGCCAAACACAACCCCAAAGAAAAACAUCUCCAGAAAAACAUCUCCAAACCUGUAGCACCUUCCUGACCCUCGGGUCAUUUACAAACUCACUCAGCCGCAACCAAACACUUCUCCUAAACUCUAAGGAGCUGUGAUAUAAUCAGGUACCUAAGGACUCUUUGUUUGAUUAACUGACUUACACGUUCAAACCUCAACCCCCUUCCUGAUCCAUUUUGGAGUUCUGUAGAAAUUAUGCAUAGGGAGUCAUGAUAUGAUCAGGGACCUCUGGAGCCUUGGUUUGGUUAACUGGCACCUUAAACAUCUUACUCUCCAUGUGUUGAAGUUGUCUCUGGGAUAAGUCAGUCCUCCAUGUCUCUGCUCUGGUACCUUGGGUUGUUGGUCCUGAGUUGAGGUCCAUUUAGGCUUGCACAACAGGGUCUUUAAUGAGCCAAGGGGCAGUUUAUCUUGGUCCUAACACAUGACAGAUUAAUGGCAGGGAGUGAAAUGUCCCAUUUUAAAUGAUCUGGCCCCACUGUAGAAGAUCUAAUUUCUCUUCUUACUGUACUGUUGUAAUCGCUCGCUGAGACUUUCGAUUUGCGAAACUCAAACUGCCCUUGGCAUUGUUGAUGAGUGGUCUCAAACAGUUGAAACAAUAACAAAGUGCCUUUCCUGUCACACUUUCGGUAAAAGCUGACGGAUGGGGCUGGAGAAAUGUAACCACUCUCAUUCAUAGAGCUAUGGAUGCAAGGGCUAUCAAAAUUAUAGUUUUAACCAUGUUUGUUUUCUGGCUAUAUAUGGUUUGUUUACAUUUACAAGCUUAUAUUUUGGGUUCUGAUGGGGUAAGACAGCUCAUGAGGCAUUUAGACGUUAUAUUCUUCAAGAAUCAAUGGGUACAUAUCAUUAAUUUAUAUGUCCCGAAAUGGAUGUAGCAACUGUAGAUUGCCCCUGUAAGUCCCUCACCAACAGCUGGUAUUGAUUUCAAUGGCAGGGCAUAACUCCACGUUCAUGUUUCAGUCCCUCACCACAGGAGUUGUCAGUAGGACGUGAUGACAAUGUUUAACUGAUUCAAGGUCUGUUCAGUUUAAACUGUACCAUGAGUUGCUCAGCUCUCCUUAUUACAUGCAUUGAAUCAGUGUUGUAGUCAAACCCUCGAUUUCAAUUCAGUCAAUUGAUCUGAAAUUCCAAUGUUCCUCAUUGAAAAGCAUGACUUGGUCUUUUGUACCAUACGUUCACGGAGUUACUCAUCUUUCCUUAUGACAUGAGUGUCUACUGAAUGAUCAGCUGAAUGACCAUUUUCUUAGGACUGGGCGAUAAGGCCUAGAAAUCAUAUCAGAUUAUUUUCAAACUUGUGUGAUUCACGAUAUACACUGCAUUCGGAAAGUAUUCAGACCCCUUGACUUUUUCCACAUUUUGUUACGUUACCAGCACCCUCAUUUAUCUACACACAAUACCCCAUAAUGACGAAGCGAAAACAGUUUUUUUGAAAUAUUUGCACAUUUAUAAAAGAUUUAAACUGAAAUAUUACAUUUACAUAAGGAUUCUGACCCAUUACUCAGUACUUUGUUGAAGCACCUUUGGCAGCGAUUACAGCCUCGAGUCUUCUUGGGUAUGACACUACAAGCUUGGCACACCUGCAUUUGGGGAGUUUCUCCCAUUCUUCUCUGCAGAUCCUCUCAAGCUCUGUCAGGUUGGAUGGGGAGCAUCGCUGCACAGCUAUUUUCAGGUCUCUCCAGAGACGUUCGAUCGGGUUCAAGUCCGGGCUCUGGCUGGGCCACUCAAUGACAUUCAGAGACUUGUCCCGAAGCCAUUCCUGCGUUUUCUUGGCUGUGUGCUUAGGGUUGUUGUCCUGUUGGAAGGUGAACCUUCGCCCAAGUCUGAGGUCCUGAGCUCUCUGGAGCAGGUUUUCAUCAAGGAUCUCUCUGUACUUUGCUCCGUUCAUCUUUCCCUCGAUCCUGACUAGUCUCCCAGUCCCUGCCGCUGACAAACAUCCCAAAAACAGCUGCCACCACCAUGCUUCUCCAUAGGGAUGGUGCCAGGUUUCCUCCAGACGUGACGCUUGGUUUCCUCCAGACGUGACACUUGGCAUUCAGGCCAGGUUUCAUCAGACCAGAGAAUCUUGUUUCGCAUGGUCUGAGAGUCCUUUAGGUGUCUUUUGGCAAACUCCAAGUGGGCUGUCGUGCCUUUUACUGAGGAGUGGCUUCCGCAUGGCCACUCUACUAUAAAGGCCUGAUUUGUGCAGUGCUGCGGAGAUGAUUGUCUUUCUGAAAGGUUCCCCCAUCUCCACAGAGGAACUCUGGAGCUCUGUCAGUGACCAUCGGGUUCUUGGUCCCCUCCCUGACCAAGGCCCUUCUCCCCCGUUUGCUCAGUUUGGCCGGGCGGCCAGCUCUAGGAAGAGUCUUGGUGGUUCCAAACUUCUUCCAUUUAAGAAUGAUGGAGGCCACUGUGUUCUUGGGGACCUUCAAUGCUGCAGGACUUUUUUGGUACCCUUGCCCAGAUCUGUGCCUCGACACAAUCCUGUCUCGAAGCUCUAUGGACAAUUCCAUCGACAUCAUGGCUUGGUUUUUGCUGUGACAUGCACUCUCAACUGUGGGACCUUAUAUAGACAGGUGUGUGCCUUUCCAAAUCAUUACAUUUACAUUUUAGUCAUUUAGCAGAUGCUCUUAUCCAGAGCGACUUACAGUUAGUGAGUGCAUACAUUUUUCAUAGCUGUGGGAUAGACAGGUGUGUGCCUUUCCAAAUCAUGUCCAAUCAAUUGAAUUUACCACAGGUGGACUCCAAUCAAGUUGUAGAAACAUUUCAAGGAUGAUCAAUGGAAACAGGAUGCACCUGAGCUCAAUUUCGAGUCUCAUAGCAAAGGGUCUGAAUACUUAUGUAAAUAAGGAUUUUCUGUCUAAACCUGUUUUUGCUUCGUCAUUAUGGGGUAUUGUGUGUAGAUUGAUGAGUAAAAAAAUGUAUUUAAUACAUUUUAGAUUAAGGCUGUAACGUAACAACGUGGAGAAGGUGAAGAUUUCUGAAUACUUUCUGACUGCACUGUAUAUACAACAGUAUGUGGACACCCCUUCAAAUUAGUGGAUUCGGCUAUUUCAGCCACACCCGUUGCUGACAGGUGUAUAAAAUCGAGCACACAGCCAUGCAAUCUCCAUAGACAAACAUUGGCAGUAUCAUAGGACGACACUUUUCCAACAAUUCAGUUGCCCCGGUCAACUGUAAGUGCUGUUAUUGUGAAGUGGAAACGUCUAGGAGCCACUACAGCUCAGCCGCGAAGUGGUAGGCCACACAAGCUCACAGAACGGGACCGCCGAGUGCUGGAGCACGUAGUGCGUAAAUAUCGCCUGUCCUCGGUUGCAACACUCCUUACCGAGUUCCAAAUUGCCUCUGGAAGCAACGUCAGCACGAGAACUGUUCGUCGGGAGCUUGAUGAAAUUGGUUUCCAUGGCCGAGCAGCCGCACCAAGCCUAAGAUCACCAUGCGCAAUGCCAAACGUCGGCUGGAGUGGUGUAAAGCUCGCCAUCAUUGAAUCUGGGUUUGGCGAAUGCCAGGAGAAUGCUACCUGCCCCAAUGCAUAGUGCCAACUGUAACGUUUGGUGGAGGAAUAAUUGUCUGGGGCUGUUUUUCAUGGUUUGGGCUAGGCCCCUUAGUUCCAGUGAAGGGACAUCUUAAUGCUACAGCAUACUAUGACAUUGUAGACAAUUCUGUGCUUCCAACUUUGUGGAAACAGUUUGGGGAAGGCCCUUUCCUGUUUCAGCAUGACAAUGCUCCUGUGCACAAGGCGAGGUCCAACCGGUUGGUCGACAUUUUAAACAUGUAUUUUUCCAUAUACUGUAUAGACACACCUAAUAAUACAAUUUUAAUAAAAUCAUACGAGUCGGCAACCUUUCAUGUGGAAUGCCAAUUUAUCUUACCAUUUCUACCAAUCUUUGUGCAAGUUAUAGUUUUCAUAUGCACAUUUUCGUUGAAUAGUUUAAUUUAAUUUAUAAUAACAUCUUAAAAUCAUUGUCACGUGGUUAAUGAAAAUUCUAUCCAAGUCUAAAUGAAAAUGAUAACUUAAAAAGUUACUUCUAUUGCCAUUGCCAGCUAUGCAAAAUAGCCUACAUAAAGCCAACAAAUAAAAACUGCAGCUGCAGGUAGAAAAUAUCCUGAUAAAAAUACAUAUCCUAUAAAUCACAUUGGCUACGCAUGGCCUGUCUGCAAGGAACUUGAAACGUUGUAUCAACUAUUAACUUGGGUCCAGUCUGAAGCUUGCACUAGCGAAUUUGCAACAUUGUGUAAAAUAUUCUGGGCCCUCAGUUUCCAGCACCAGUAAGCUCGGAACAGACACAACUAGGCUAUUUGCGCAAGGGAUAAGAAGCAAUGCUUGACUUGGGCCGGAGCUGAGUUACGACACCUCAAAUGUUCUACUUCUUGAGCACCUGUUCCGUUUUAUAGAAGAUCCUGCACCUAAUUAUAAACAGUACCAGCACCCAAAAUGAGUACCGGAAUCACUUUCAGUCCAAGUCAAGCACUGAUAAGAAGUGCUAGUGAGUAGCCAGCUGAUCUUUAUACUUCAAGUUUAGCCUACUUGGAUCAAUUUGCUUGCAAACAAGGCAGAACAGGUGAAUUGUUAUGAACACCCUUCUGUCCAUCUCCAACCAUUUGAACAGCAUGCUAGCCAGUCCAAUUUGUUCAGAUGUUGAAAUCAAUGGCCUACCUUAUUUCUCAGAAUGAGAAGUUACCAAUUCCUUAUAUAAUUGGGUUUUAUGCUUAUUACACAUUUAUAGAACAGACUAGACAGCUAGUAUAAGUCUUUGGCUAAAAUGCUGCUAGCGGUACGUGGAACCGCAAACUGAGCAUACAUUUUCCAUAAUCAAUGUUCAUUGAUACUCCUGUUUUAGUAGUGUCUGCUCUGUGCGCAAUUUGAGGAGUUGGGACAUAAAAAGGGUAUCGUUAGAAAGGUUAACUUCUCCUCUAUUACAAUAAAAUUAUGUCUCAAUGUGAUUUGGUGUCUAUAUGACUGAUUCUGUUGGACCAAACCUCAAAUGCAAAUAGCGAGUUGAAACCGGUUGUCAGAGAGGAAGAAGUGAUCUCUUAACUUUGUUGUUGUGAGUGGCAGGCGGAGGGGCUUGGCGUGUGUGUAAACCGAGAGGAAGAGGCAAAGCGAGAUACUUCCCUCUCGCCAAAAUCUGUCCAAAAUAAGCCAAAUGCGUUUCUAUGGGCUUGUUUUGGACCUAAGUUUGUCACCUGCCUUUCAGCCAUUGGGACAACGACUCCCAUUAUGAGGGCGGAGACAUGAGCAUCUCGUCAUUAUAUACAUAUCUCUGGUGUAAAUGGGAAGGUGCACAGCACAGAAGGCGCGAAGGAGAUGAGACCAAAAAGACAACAUGAGAACAAGCAGACAUAAACGCUCAUAAAAACAAAAAAUACCAAAAACACGCAUUCUAUUUAAUCGAAUUCAUUCAAUAUAUCGCCCAGCCUUACUUCCUCUCCCCUGCUCCACCUCACCUACAAUAUGGUUCUCAACCUGCUGAAUACCUACCUGUCUAACCUUCCUCUCUCCACAGGGCUCAGCUGACCCUCUCAACAGUGCCUUCCACCUCACCUACAACAUGGUUCUCAACCUGUUGCGAGUGGAGGAGAUCAACCCAGAGUACAUGCUGGAGAAGUCCUUCUACCAGUUUCAGCACUACAGGGCUGUGCCCGGGGUCGUAGAGAGUGAGUACAGACAACUUCUCAAGUCUAGUCCUAUAUGUAAUUCUCUGAUCCUCUUUCAUAGGAAUUGUCCUGCCAGUGGUGCUUUAUUCAAAUGAAUAGACGAGAUUGAUUUCAAUAGACUGUUCAGUUGAUUUGGUCUGGCUAAGUAAAGCUUUGUAAGUGCAUGUUUUAUCUUUGAUCAUCUGAACCCUAUACACUGAGUGUACAAAACAUGAACACCUGCUCUUUCCAUGACAUAGACUGACCAGGUGAAUCCAGGUGAAAGCUAUAAUCCCUUACUGAUGCCGCUUAGGGCUGGCCGGUAAACCGUAUUUUACCUAUACCGGUAUUGAUGCAUGGACUGGCAAGCAAUCAUCUCAAUAUUAGGAAGGUGUUCUUAAUGUUUUCUACACUGUGUACAUGUCAACAUCAGAUGCUAUUUCGGUAUCGUUUGACCACUGCUGUGGACAAUGUGUUCAGUUAGCUAUGAUCACCAUAGAAAUAGAAUUAGAAGAGAGUACGGGAAUCCCCAUUCUAGUUUUUCUCUGGGUGUGAUUGACCUCUGUUUGAACUCCACAGAGAUGGCAAAGCUGGAAAAGAUGUAUAACGCCAUAGAGAUCCCCAACGAGGAGAGUGUGGUCACUUACUAUAAGAUCCGCCAGCAGUUGGCUAAACUGGGCAAAGAGAUCGAAGAGUUCGUCCACAAACCCAAAUACUGCCUUCCCUUCCUCCAGCCUGGCAGAUUGGUCAAGGUUAGAAACAAAUAUCACUCAUACCACAGCCUUCACCACCAACUGAAAACGUACUAUAUAACUCAACCACAUAGACAAAAUGUGCUCCACCAUUUCCCAUCUACUUUGUCUUUAUGUUCUGUUUAAUAGGGCUUACGCAGAUACAAGACAUUAUACCAACUUAGUUUUGCUCAGAUAAGGAACUAUAAGGGUUAUUGCUGAACAUACAGAUGUGCCUAUAACAUUGACCCUUUUUUACAGGUCAAAAACGAAGAUGUUGACUUUGGAUGGGGCGUGGUCGUUAAUUUCUCAAAGAAGUCAAACGUCAAGGUAAUAAUAAAAUAAUAAUAAUAUGCCAUUUAGCAGACGCUUUUAUCCAAAGCGACUUAGUCAUGCGUGCAUACAUUUUUGUGUAUGGGUGGUCCCGGGGAUCGAACCCACUACCCUGGCGUUACAAGCGCCGUUCUCUACCAGCUGAGCUACAGAGGACCAUGAAUGUUAUCAGAGAAUGUCUUUGAAAACAUAACAUUAGUAUUUAAAGUAACUACGAAGUAGAUAGUUUGUUAUAGCUUGUGUUUUUAUAGCGUGUGUGUUGUCCUUCAGCUUAGUGUCGUCCCCAUGUUGAGUAUGUAUGUUUCCUUCUCCAGGCCAGUACAGGUGAUGCAGACCCUCUCUACGUGGUGGAGGUGCUGGUCCACUGUAGUCAGGAGAGUGUGAAGAAUGCAGCUACAGAGGCUGCAAAACCUGCUGCCACUGGGGAGAAGGGAGAAAUGCAGGUGUGCAUAUGAUGGGAGACCCCAUGUCUAUCAGAAAUGGCUCCCUAGUCUAGCGCAUUACUUUUGACCCUGUAUGGCCUCACACAGGGUCAUAGACUUAAUAGGCACCAAUUGAGAAAUAGCCGAUGUGUAUGCAUUGCUGUGACGACUGGACACUAUAUACUCCUAGUUUGGUGGUCAGCAGUAGGAUGGAAUCCUACAUUGUGUUCUAGAAUGUAGACCACACACAAUCAUUAUGGGAGGGGUUACUAACUGUCCUUGAGACUGAAGGAAAUCAAACAUGGCCAAGUCGUUAAUGGUCAAACUGCUGCUGUGCUGUGUCCUAGAGAGCUUCCCUCAAACUUAAAGCAACAACCACAUCAUUAAAUGGAACACUGUUAGGCUAUAUUGUAUCUCUAUGGCAACAUCUCUUGAUUUUAAGAGCGAAAUUAUCUAUAAUUUUAUCUAAUUUAGAGCCAUCUUAGACGUUCCUUCAUUCUCACAUUGAAACAUACCAUACAUGGUGUGGUCGGGAAAAAUGGCCCUCGUUCAAAACAUUUGGUUUUGUAACCCUCCCUGUAAUAUAAACACCUUCCAAACUUAGUUCAUAUUCACACUCUUGUCCCACAGUGUUAUUUUUUAUCUGAUUGCAUUAGCUGUUGCUGCUGCACAUUUGAGUUAAGUUUGCCUGGCUUAAUUGACCAAUAGAACAGCCCCUAAAGUACAAACCCCGCCCACCACCUGGCACUCCAGGCAGGCUAAAAGCAUACACUCAAAGUAUUUGAAAGAUGUCAAAUAGUAUUUGAACCCAGGUCUGCCAAAUUCCAUGCAUUAAAACUGCCUCUCCGGUUACGGCACAUUUGUCCUCCAUUGUACACUAGUCCCUUUAGAGUCCCAGUGUCUUGUGGUAUUUAGUGCUGUCAUCCAGUCCUAAACUCCUCUGAGCUCUGUGUCUAGAUCUAGAGUACUUCAGCUGCCUGGCUGCCUCGUCUCAUUAUCUCCGAGGAGCCCAUAAACUCCAGCUGAAACGCUGCCUGGUCCUGCUCGCUGGGCUAGCUCCUGCUAAAUGCGUUACGAUGCAUUAACUGGAAGUACAGGCCAGGGGAACACAUUGGAUUUAAACUGGAAAGGUUGAUUAGUUGAAUCAGGUGCUCUUCAGUUUGUGCCAAAAUAAAGAUUGCUCAGACUUGUAGACAUAGCAGCAGUCAGGAUUGCAUUUUAGUUCUGUAUAUCUGUUUAAAAACCCCAUUAGGAGUUCAGGAUCUUCUGCUGCAGUCGAUGACAGCUACCAUGUUGGAUACUAAAUAGAUACUAAUAUAUUUAUAGAUUAACUGUAUACAGUACCAGUCAAAAGUGGACACACCUACUCAUUCCUGGGUUUUUCUUUAUUUUUACUAUUUUCUACAUUGUAGAAUAAUAGUCAAGACAUCAAAACUAUGAAAUAAAACAUAUGGAAUCAUUUAGUGACCCAAAAAGUGUUAAACAAAUCAAAAUAUAUUUUAUAUUUGAGAUUCUUCAAAGUAGCCACCCUUUGCCUUGAUGACAGCUUUGUACACGCUUGGCAUUCUCUCAACCAGCUUCAUGAGGUAGUCACCUGGAAUGCAUUCAAUUAACAGGUGUGCCUUCUUAAAAGUUAAUUUGUGGAAUUUCUUUCCUUGUUGUGACAAGGUUGUGUGUGGGGGGGGGGGGGGGGUUACAGACGAUAGCCCUAUUUGGUAAAAGACCAAGUCCAUAUUAUGGCAAGAACAGCUCAAAUAAGCAAAGAGAAAUGACAGUCCAUCAGUACUUUAAGACAUGGAGGUCAGUCAAUACGGAACAUUUCAUGAACUUUGAACGUUUCUUCAAGUGCAGUCGCAAAAACAAUCAAGCGCUAUGAUGAAACUGGCUCUCAUGAGGACCGCCACAGGAAUGGAAGUCCCAGUUACCUCUGCUGCAGAGGAUAAGUUCAUUAGUUACCAGCCUCAGAAAUUGCAGCCCAAAUAAACGCUUCACUGACCUCAAGUAACAGACACAUCUCAACAUCAACUGUUCAGAGGGGACCGUGUGAAUCAGGCCUUCAUGGUCGAAUUGCUACAAAGAAACCACUACUAAAGGACACCAAUUAGAAGAAGAGACUUGCUUGGGCCAAGAAACACGAGAAAUGGACAUUAAACCAGUGGAAAUGUGUCCUUUGGUCUGGAGUCCAAAUUUGAGAUGUUUGGUUCCAACCGCCAUGUCUUUGUGAGACGCGGUGUGGGUGAACGGAUGAUCUCCGCAUUUGUAUUUCCCACCGUAAAGCAUGGAGGAGGAGGUGUUAUGGUGUGGGGGUGCUUUGCUGGUGACACUGUCUGUGAUUUAUUUAUAAUUCAAGCACACUUAACCAGCAUGGCUACCACAUCAUUCUACAGCGAUAUGCCAUCCCAUCUGGUUUGGGCUUAGUGGGACUAUCAUUUGUUUUUCAACAGGACAAUGACCCAACACACCUCCAGGCUGUGUAAGGGCUAUUUUACCAUGAAGGAGAGUGAAUGAGUGCUGCAUCAGAUGACCUGGCCUCCACAAUCACCCGACCUCAACCCAGUUAAGAUGGUUUGGGAUGAGUCGGACCGCAGAGUGAAGGAAAAGCAGCCAACAAGUGCUCAGCAUAUGUGGGAACUCCUUCAAGACUGUUGGAAAAGCAUUCCAGGUGAAGCUGGUUGAGAGAAUGCCAAGAGUGUGCAAAGCUGUCAUCAAGGCAAAGGGUGGCUAUUUGAAGAAUCUCAAAUAUAAAAUAUACACUGCUCAAAAAAAUUAAGGGAACACUUAAACAACACAUUGUAACUCCAAGUCAAUCACACUUCUGUGAAAUCAAACUGUCCACUUAGGAAGCAACACUGAUUGACAAUAAAUGUCACAUGCUGUUGUGCAAAUGGAAUAGACAACAGGUGGAAAUUAUAGGCAAUUAGCAAGACACCCCCAAUAAAGGACUGGUUUUGCAGGUGGUGACCACAGACCACUUCUCAGUUCCUGUGCUUCCUGGCUGAUGUUUUGGUCACUUUUGAAUGCUGGCGGUGCUUUCACUCUAGUGGUAGCAUGAGACGGAGUCUACAACCCACACAAGUGGCUCAGGUAGUGCAGCUCAUCCAGGAUGGCACAUCAAUGCGAGCUGUGGCUAGAAGGUUUGCUGUGUCUGUCAGCGUAGUGUCCAGAGCAUGGAGGCGCUACCAGGAGACAGGCCAGUACAUCAGGAGACGUGGAGGAGGCCGUAGGAGGGCAACAACCCAGCAGCAGGACCGCUUCCUCCGCCUUUGUGCAAGGAGGAGCAGGAGGAGCACUGCCAGAGCCCUGCAAAAUGACCUCCAGCAGGCCACAAAUGUGCAUGUGUCUGCUCAAACGGUCAGAAACAGACUCCAUGAGGGUGGUAUGAGGGCCCGACGUCCACAGGUGGGGGUUGUGCUUACAGCCCAACACCGUGCAGGACGUUUGGCAUUUGCCAGAGAACACCAAGAUUGGCAAAUUCGCCACUGGCGCUUUGUGCUCUUCACAGAUGAAAGCAGGUUCACACUGAGCACAUGUGACAGACGUGACAGAGUCUGGAGACGCCGUGGAGAACGUUCUGCUGCCUGCAACAUCCUCCAGCAUGACCGGUUUGGCGGUGGGUCAGUCAUGGUGUGGGGUGGCAUUUCUUUGGGGGGCCGCACAGCCCUCCAUGUGCUCGCCAGAGGUAGCCUGACUGCCAUUAGGUACCGAGAUGAGAUCCUCAGACCCCUUGUGAGACCAUAUGCUGGUUCGGUUGGCCCUGGGUUCCUCCUAAUGCAAGACAAUGCUAGACCUCAUGUGGCUGGAGUGUGUCAGCAGUUCCUGCAAGAGGAAGGCAUUGAUGCUAUGGACUGGCCCGCCCGUUCCCCAGACCUGAAUCCAAUUGAGCAUAUCUGGGACAUCAUGUCUCGCUCCAUCCACCAACGCCACGUUGCACCACAGACUGUCCAGGAGUUGGCGGAUGCUUUAGUCCAGGUCUGGGAGGAGAUCCCUCAGGAGACCUUCCGCCACCUCAUCAGGAGCAUGCCCAGGCGUUGUAGGGAGGUCAUACAGGCACGUGGAGGCCACACACACUACUGAGCCUCAUUUUGACUUGUUUUAAGGACAUUACAUCAACGUUGGAUCAGCCUGUAGUGUGGUUUUCCACUUUAAUUUUGAGGGUGACUCCAAAUCCAGACCUCCAUGGGUUGAAAAAUUUGAUUUCCCUUGAUAAUUUUUGUGUGAUUUUGUUGUCAGCACAUUCAACUAUGUAAAGAAAAAAGUAUUUAAUAAGAUUAUUUCAUUCAUUCAGAUCUAGGAUGUGUUAUUUUAGUGUUCCCUUAAUUUUUUUGAGCAGUGUAUUUUGAUGUUUAACACUUAUUGGGUUACUAAAUGAUUCCAUAUUUGUUAUUUAAUAGUUUUGAUAUCUUCACUAUUAUUCUACAAUGUAAAAUAAAGAAAAACCCUUGAAUGAGUAGGUGUGUCCAAACUUUUGACUAGUAGUGUACAUAAAAUAAUAUACUGUUUGUAUUGUUUGCGAUCAGGUGGUUCCUGUGAUGCUCCGCCUCCUGACCUCCAUCAGUUCAGUCCGCCUCUACAUCCCCAAAGACCUGCGGCCUUAUGACAACAGACAAAACAUGCUGAAAUCCAUACAGGUGAGACACACAGCCUUGUGUUCAUCAAUGCCUUUCUCAACCAUUAACACUAUUGUCAAAGCUACUCAGAAAUCCGUUUAUUCCACGAAAACAGGCUGCAUGGGACAUUGGAGACGGUUAUACAUCUGUGGAAAAAAUUAAGAGACCACUGCACAUUUUUCUUAAAUCAGCAUCUCUACAUGUAUGACAGCCGUUCCAUUCCAGUGUCUGUUGAAUUCCAACACAGGUACACCUCAUUCUACUGAAUUAGGUACUGAUUAGGUGAUCACCUGAACCAAAUCUUAUUUUAAUGAGGAAAAGUAUAAAAACCACUGCUGUGGUCAUCACUAUCCUCUUGCAAUAGGACCAGCUGGAUGGUAAAAACAGUGCUAAUAGUACCUCAAAAGUAAUAUUAAUCAAAAAAUAACUAUUGACCAUGCCAAAAGAGUUGAAAGGGAAAGUUUUGAGUGAGGAAAAGAAAGGUUCAAUUCUGGCUUUACUGUCAGAGGGAUACAAUGAGCGUCAGGUUGCUUCCAUCCUUAAAAUUUCAAAGACGGCGGUUCAUAAGAACGAGGUCAAGCAGCAGACAUUGGGGACAACAAAGCUACAGACCAGCAGAGGGCGAAAACAACACUCUACUGACCGGGAUGACCGCCAACUCAUUCGAAUGUCACUCAACUGUAGGAUGACAUCAAGUGACCUACAAAAAGAAUGGCAAACGGCAGCUGGGGUGAAGUGCACGGCGAGGACAGUUCAAAACAGGGGCUGGGCUGAAGUCGUGCAAAGCUAGAAAAAAGCCCUUUAUCAAUGAGAAGCAAAGAAGAGCCAGACUGAGGUUUGCAAAAGACCAUAAGGAUUGGACCGUAGAGGACAGGAGUAAGGUCAUCUUCUCUGAUGAGUCCAAUUUUCAGCUUUGCCCAACACCUGGUCGUCUAAUGGUUAGACGGGAGACCUGGAGAGGCCUACAAGCCACAGCGUCUCGCACCCACUGUGAAAUUUUGUGGAGGAUCGUGAUGAUCUGGGGGUGCUUCAGCAAGGUGGAAUCGGGCAGAUUUGUCUUUGUGAAGGACGCAUGAAUCAAGCCACGUACAAGGUUGUCCUGGAAGAAAACUUGCUUCCUUUUGCUCUGACGUUGUUUCCCAACUCUGAGGAUUGGUUUUUCCAGCAGGACAAUGCGCCAUGCCACACAGCCAAGUCAUCAAUCAAGGUGUGGAUGGAGGACCACCAGAUCAAGACCCUGUCAUGGCCAGCCCAAUCUCCAGACCUGAACCCCAUUGAAAACUUCUGGAAUGUGAUCAAGCGGAAGAUGGAUGGUCACAAGCCAUCAAACAAAGCCGAGCUGCUUGAAUUUUUGCGCCAGGAGUGGCAUAAAGUCACCCAACAUCAAUGUGAAAGACUGGUGGAGAGCAUGCCAAUACACAUGAAAGCUGGGAUUGAAAAUCAGGGUUAUUCCACCAAAUAUUGAUUUCUGAACUCUUCCUAAGUUAAAACAUUAGUAUUGUGUUGUUUAAACAUGAACUUAUUUUCUUUGCAUUAUUCGAGGUCUGACAACAAACACUGCAUCUUUUUUGUUAUUUUGACCAGUUGUCAUUUUCUGCAAAUAAAUGCUCUAAAUAACAAUAUUUUUAUUUGGGAGAAAUGUCAGUAGUUUAUAGAAUAAAACAAAAAUGUUAUUUUUACACAUACCUAUAAAUAGAAAAACCAAAGAAACGGAUAAUUUUGCAGUGGUCUCUUAAUUUUUUCCAGCGCUGUAUAUAGUUUUAUUGUAUUCAUCAACUUUCAUUAAAGCCGUUCUCAUGCGUCAUUCUCUGGUCCCUUCCCCACCACACAGGAGGUGCAGAAGCGCUUCCCGGACGGAGUUCCCCUGCUGGACCCCAUCGAUGACAUGGGCAUCAAGGACCCAGGCCUGAAGAAGAUCAUCCAGAAGGUGGAGGCGUUCGAACACAGGAUGUACUCUCACCCCAUGCACUCAGACCCCAGACUGGAGGCUGUCUACUCCCUCUGCGAGAAGAAAGCCCUGGUGAGGAUGGGUGGGGUGGUGUUAUUUUGAAUGGUUGGUUGGUUCAUGUCCUUUAGGACCACUGCAGUGUGUGUGUGGCUGGGGACCAUACAACGUUCUGUCAGUAAGUAAUGUACUGCCAGAAACAAACACAGGAUGUACGAAGGACCGUAUCAGAGGAACAUAAUAUUGGAUCUGGCUCUCAUUCAUUCUCUCACUCACAUUUUGGCAGAACAUUCAGCACCAAAUGCCCGUUCGUCUUUUUUAAAUGGCUUUGAAAUGCAGAGGAAGAGAUUUGAAAGAAAAAAGGAAACACAUUUAUAUCGUUUUGGUGCCUGUGAAAGCAUUAGUGUUAAGUCCCAGCUGUACUGUGCUGGCUUGGUUAUUAUAUUUUCUAUUCCACACUGUCCUUUUUUCCAGUUCAAUUCCAGCACAUAUGGUGAAUGUGUUGCCAGGCCAGCACAGUACAGCUCAGGUUGGUUUAAGUUAGCUCUGUAGUGUGAAACGGGCCCUUCUCCUACAACCGGCCUAGGUCAUGACCUUUGUGACCUCUGCGCAAUCGAUGUGUGUGAGAUGUACUACGUGUCUGUGCAUGGGGACGGAGGGACAAAGCCCUAUAAACCAGAUUACACACACACACUGUGUUUGAUUGGGCAUGACUGAGAAUUACACCGGCUCUGCACAAAGGAUCAGCCUGCAUAACAUCUUGUUCAAAGCCUGCCACAGCAGGACAUACAUGCAGAUAGGCAGGCAGGCAGACACACUUUCACUAGAAACACAAAGCUGGUUAAAUUGUAUUUCUAGUGCAUUUGUUGUAAUUGACUUAGGCCUAACCAUACAGACUGUACUAAGUAUCUGGUAAGCGGCUCUACAAUAUGAGUUAAUGUGUAAAAUAAAUAUCCUCUGACUCAGUGGGUCGCCUAGAGCUGUGAUGGAGAGCUAGCCUGCUACUGGUGGUGAUCGAACACUGGUUGGACCGGGAGGUAGCCUAUCACUGGUGUUGUCUAUUUAUCCCAUGUUGUCAGACUCUCCCCGCAGCAUGUUAUAGUGGUGUUUGGUGAGCCUGUAAUUGGAUAAUGGUCUUAAGCAGGGACAGUUACGCACGGUGUGUGGCGGAGAGGAACACACUGACCUGUAAGACAGACCGAGACUGUUAACCAAGACAAAUCUUCAUCGGAACUCUUGGCGCCGGAGGGGAUGGCUGCCGUUUUACGGGCUCCUAACCAACUGUGCUAUUUUGUGUUUUUUCGCAUUGAUUGUAACUUAAUUUGUACAUAAUGUUGCUGCUACCGUUUCUUAUGACCGAAAGGAGCUUCUGGAUAUCAGAACAGUGAUUACUCACCUCGAACUGGACGAAGAUUUUUUUUUAAAUGAGUCUGACACGAAGGAUAUACUGGUUCUCAGAGACCAGGCCCAAAUCCCCAGCAUUCGCGUGAAGAAAAGAAGGGGGGCGGAGAUCGGGGUGCCUUGUGAGAAUUUGUCGGCGAGUGGGUAACCCGCCUCUACCAUCCGUUCUGUUGACCAACGUGCAAUCACUGGAGAAUAAACUGGAUGAGCUCCGUUCAAGACUAUCCUACCAACGGGACAUUAAAAACUGUAUCUUAUGUUUCACCAAGUCGUGGCUGAACGAUGACAUGGAUAGUAUACAGUUGGCUGGGUUUUCCGUGCAUCGGCAUGACAGAACUGCUACGUCAUGUAAGACGAGGAGUGGUGGUGUGUCUUUGUCAAUAACAGCUGGUGCGCGAUGUCUAAUAUGAAGGUAGUCUCGAGGUAUUGCUCGCCUGAGGUAGAGUACCUCAUGAUAAGCUGUAGACCACACUAUCUACCAAGAGAGUUUUCAUCUAUAUUUUUAGUAGCCGUCUAUUUACCACCACGAACCGCACUCAACGAGCUGUAUAAGGCCAUAAGUAAACAAGAAAAUGCUCAUCCAGAAGUGGUGCUCCUAGUGGCCGGGGACUUUAAUGCAGGCAAACUUACAUCCGUUUUACCUCAUUUCUAUCAGCAUGUCACGUGCAACCAGAGGGAAAAAAACUCUAGCCCACCUUUACUCCACACACAGAGACUCAUACAAAGCUCUCCCUCACCCUCUAUUUGGCAAAUCUGGCCAUAAUUCUAUCCUCCAGAUUCCUGCUUACAAGCAAAAACUAAAGCAGGAAGUACCAGUGACUCGCUCAAUACGGAAGUGGUCAGAGGAUGCGGAUGCUACACUACAUGACUGUUUUGCUAGCACAGACUGGAAUAUGUUCCGGGAUUCAUCCAAUGGCAUAUACCACCUCAGUCACCGGCUUCAUCAAUAAGUGCACCGACGACGUCGUCCCCCACAGUGACCGUACGUACAUUUGAAGUCGGAGGUUUACAUACAUAGGUUGGAGUCAUUAAACUCAAUUUUCAACCACUCCACACAUUUCUUGUUAACAAACUAUAGUUUUGGCAAGUGGGUUGGGACAUCUACUUUGUGAAUGAAAAAGUAAAUUUUCCAACAAUUCUUUACAGACAGAUUAUUUCACUUAUAAUCUAUCACAAUUCCAGUGGGUCAGAAGUUUACAUACACUAAGUUGACUCUGCCUUUAAACAGCUUGGAAAAUUCCAGAAAAUGAUGUCAUGGCUUUAGAAGCUUCUGAUAGGCUAAUUGACAUCAUUUGAGUCAAUUGGAGGUGUACCUGUGGAUGUAUUUCAAGGCCUACCUUCAAACUCAGUGCCUCUUUGCUUGACAUCAUGGGAAAAUCAAAAGAAAUCAGCCAAGACCUCAGAAAACAAGUUGUAGACAUCCACAAGUCUGGUUCAUCCUUGGGAGCAAUUUCCAAACGCCUGAAGGUACCACGUUCAUCUGUACAAACAGUAGUACGCAGGUAUAAACACCAUGGGACCACGCAGCCGUCAUACCGCUCAGGAAGGAGACGCGUUCUGUCUCCUAGAGAUGAACGUACUUUGGUGCAAAAAGUGCAAAUCAAUCCCAGAACAACAGCAAAGGACCUUGUGAAGACCGGUACAAAAGUAUCUAUAUCCACAGUAAAACGAGUCUUAUAUCGACAUAACCUGAAAGGCCGCUCAGCAAGGAAGAAGCCACUGCUCCAAAACCGCCAUAAAAAAAAUUGAACUGUUUGGCCAUAAUGACCAUCGAUAUGUUUGGAGGAAAAAGAGGGGAAGCUUGCAAGCCGAAGAACACCAUCCCAACUGUGAAGCACGGGGGUGGCAGCAUCAUGCUGUGGGGGUGCUUUGCUGCAGGAGGGACUGGUGCACUUCACAAAAUAGAUGGCAUCAUGAGGAAGGAAAAUUAUGUGGAUAUAUUGAAGCAACAUCUCAAGACAUCAGUCAGGAAGUUAAAGCUUGGUCGCAAAUGGAUCUUCAAAAUGGACAAUGAACCCAAGCAUACUUCUAAAGUUGUGGCAAAAUGGCUUAAGGACAACAAAGUCAAGAUAUUGGAGUGGCCAUCACAAAGCCCUGACCUCAAUCCUAUAGAACAUUUGUGGGCAGGGCAGAACAGAAAAAGCAUGUGCGAGCAAGGAGGCCUACAAACCUGACUCAGUUACACCAGCUCUGUCAGGAGGAAUGGGCCAAAAUCUCCCGAGUGGCGUAGUGGUCUGUGCCACUAGAGAUCCUGGUUCGAAUCCAGGCUCUGUCGUAGCCGGCCGCGAUCGGGAGACCCAUGGGGCGGCGCACAAUUGGCCCAGCGUCGUCCAGGGUAGGGGAGGGAAUGGCCGGUAGGGAUGUAGCUCAGUUGGUAGAGCAUGGCGUUUGCAACGCCAGGGUUGUGGGUUCGUUUCCCACGGGGGGCCAGUAUAAAAAAUACAAUAAAAAAUAAUGUAUGCACUCACUAACUGUAAGUCGCUCUGGAUAAGAGCGUCUGCUAAAUGACUAAAAAUGUAAAAAAUUCACCCAACUUAUUGUGGGAAGCUUGUGGAAGGCUACCCGAAACAUUUAACCCAAGUUAAACAAUUUAAAGGCAAUGCUACCAAAUACUAAUUGAGUGUAUGUAAACUUCUGACCCACUGGGAAUGUGAUGAAAGAAAUAAAAGCUGAAAUAAAUCAUUCUCUCUAAUACACUGCUCAAAAAAUAAAGGGAACACUUAAACAACACAAUGUAACUCCAAGUCAAUCACACUUCUGUGAAAUCAAACUGUCCACUUAGGAAGCAACGCUGAUUGACAAUACAUUUCACAUGCUGUUGUGCAAAUGGAAUAGACAACAGGUGGAAAUUAUAGGCAAUUAGCAAGACACCCCCAAUAAAGAAGUGGUUCUGCAGGUGGUGACCACAGACCACUUCUCAGUUCCUAUGCUUCCUGACUGAUGUUUUGGUCACUUUUGAAUGCUGGCGGUGCUUUCACUCUAGUGGUAGCAUGAGACGGAGUCUACAACCCACACAAGUGGCUCAGGUAGUGCAGCUCAUCCAGGAUGGCACAUCAAUGCGAGCUGUGGCUAGAAGGUUUGCUGUGUCUGUCAGCGUAGUGUCCAGAGCAUGGAGGCGCUACCAGGAGACAAACCAGUACAUCAGGAGACGUGGAGGAGGCCGUAGGAGGGCAAUAACCCAGCAGCAGGACCGCCACCUCCGCCUUUGUGCAAGGAGGAGCAGGAGGAGCACUGCCAGAGCCCUGCAAAAUGACCUCCAGCAGGCCACAAAUGUGCAUGUGUCUGCUCAAACGGUCAGAAACAGACUCCAUGAGGGUGGUAUGAGGGCCCGACGUCCACAGGUGGGGGUUGUGCUUACAGCCCAACACCGUGCAGGGCAUUUGCCAGAGAACACCAAGAUUGGCAAAUUCGCCACUGGCGCCCUGUGCUCUUCACAGAUGAAAGCAGGUUCACACUGAGCACAUGUGACAGACGUGACAGAGUCUGGAGACGCCGUGGAGAACGUUCUGCUGCCUGCAACAUCCUCCAGCAUGACCGGUUUGGCGGUGGGUCAGUCAUGGUGUGGGGUGGCAUUUCUUUGGGGGGCCGGUUGGCCCUGGGUUCCUCCUAAUGCAAGACAAUGCUAGACUUCAUGUGGCUGGAGUGUGUCAGCAGUUCCUGCAAGUGGAAGGCAUUGAUGCUAUGGACUGGCCCGCCCGUUCCCCAGACCUGAAUCCAAUUGAGCAUAUCUGGGACAUCAUGUCUCGCUCCAUCCACCAACGCCACGUUGCACCACAGACUGUCCAGGAGUUGGUGGAUGCUUUAGUCUAGGUCUGGGAGGAGAUCCAUCAGGAGACCACCUCAUCAGGAGCAUGCCCAGGCAUUUUAGGGAGGUCAUACAGGCACGUGGAGGCCACACACACUACUGAGCCUCAUUUUGACUUGUUUUAAGGACAUUACAUCAAAGUUGGAUCAGCCUGUAGUGUGGUUUUCCACUUUAAUUUUGAGGGUGACUUCAAAUCCAGACACGGGUUGAUACAUUUGAUUUCCAUUGAUAAUUUUUGUGAUUUUGUUGUCAGCACAUUCAACUAUGUAAAGAAAAAAGUAUUUAAUAAGAUUAUUUCAUUCAUUCAGAUCUAGGAUGUGUUAUUUUAGUGUUCCCUUUAUUUUUUUAAGCAGUGUAUUAUUCAUUUCACUUUCUUAAAAUAACGUGGUGAUCCUAACAGACCUAAGACAGGGAAUUUUUACUAGGAUUAAAUGUCAAGAAUUGUGAAAAACUGAGAUGAAAUGUAUUUGGCUAAGGUGUAUGUAAACUUCCGACUUUAAUUGUAUCCUCGUUAUUUUAUUGUUACUUUUUAUUUUAUUAGUUACUUUAUUUAGGAAAUAUUUUUUAAACUAUUUUUUAAACUGCAUUGUUGGUUAAGGGCUUGUAAGUAAGCAUUUCACGGUAAGGUCUACACCUGUUGUAUUUAGCGCAUGUGACAAAUACAUUUUUAUUAUUAAAUGUUGAUUUGAAACAUCACCGUCAUGGCUUUAUUAUAUGAAUAAAAUAGUACAUUUAAAAGUUUUGUUUGCACUGAGAGCAGGGAUUUGUCUGCCAUAGAAACACUUGUGCAGGCCGCCUAAGCGUUUUUUUGUACGCCUAAGUCCAAACUGUACUUUAUUAAACUGCAACAUUUUCUCUCAUGUGUAGAAUCCCUAGAAAUGUGCUUUAAAACUGCAACGUUUUCUCUCAGGUCCAUGGCAAAAUGUGUAGAAUUGCAGGAAAUUAACUUUUAAAACUGCUAAAAUGUGUCUUGGCUCCAAGGAGAAUUGCAGGAAAUUGGCAUAAAAUUGCUAAAAUUGUACACACAAAAACACCAAAAUGGGGGCCUUUAAAAUGUUCAAAAUAAUUCUGCUGCGCUGACCGCGCCCAUUGCCACGCACCCUGCAAUGCCUAAGCACCUUUUCUAUCCAAAAAAACUUGAGAGCACUAAUAUUUUCUUUAUACAUUUCCUUAUUAGAGGGUAAUGUCUUAAACAGUGUUAUCCUGUGUGUCUGUCUGUCAGAUUGCAGGGGACAUUAAAGGGGCCAAGCAGGAGCUGAAGAAGGCUAGGACUGUGCUUCAGAUGGAUGAGCUGAAGUGCAGGAAGCGUGUCCUGAGGCGUCUGGGGUUCGCCACUUCCUCUGAUGUCAUCGAGAUGAAGGGCCGAGUGGCCUGUGAGAUCAGCAGGUAAGGAAAAGAAGAUCUGCGGCAGUAACGCUUUACUCCGUUUGCAUUUUGAUAAUGGUGAAAAGCACAGGACCUAGAAUAGAACCUAGACUAGUCAGAUUUAACUCCAUCCACAUAGAUACAUGGCGAUCUGAGGUAGUUCUAAUCUAAGACCAGACAAUAGCAGAUGUACCGAGCCCAAUCUUAUCAUGUAACCUAUUUAAAAGCAAGGUUAUGUUAUAAUUCUGUCUAAGGCUGUAUUAAACCCCUCUCUGUAAUAAAAAUGAUUGAUCCUAGAACAGUGUGUAUAUUACCAUGCUAUUGAAUCUCUCUGUAACAAUACUGUGACAGAUCUGAUACCUGUGUUAUUGCUUUGUAUGAUCCAGUGCUGAUGAGCUGCUGCGAACAGAAAUGUUCAACUGAUCUUAGAACAGUUAUAUUCUCACUGAACAAAAAUAUAAAUGCAACAUACAACAAUUUCAAAGAUUUUACUGAGUUAGUUCAUAUAAGGAAAUCAGUCAAUUGAAAUGAAUUCAUUAGGCCCUAAUCUAUGGAUUUCACAUUACUGGGAAUUAGGACUGUCCCCGCCAAAAAAUAAAUCUUAGUAGACCGAAAGUCAUCUGUUUUUUCGACCAAUCGAUUGGACAAAAUUAAAAUGUGUAUUUGUCCAUAUAUACACACCCUAUGUGUUUUAAUAAAAUCAACUAUAUAUGCAUUGAGCUUGUCUGAUGCUUUAAGCUCACUGUUUGAUGAAAUAAGACACAAAUGACUCAAGAGGGAGCCAGAGAUCAAGAUAACCAGAAGACGUAACCUGUCCCGACCAUUCUCCUCCCGCUCCUACAGGCUUUCGCAGAUUCUGCCUGUUACUCUCCUGAAGUUGCCAGUAACAGGCUACACGAGGAAUCGGCAAACCUUAUGUGGAAUGCCAAUUUAUCUUACCAUUUCUACCGAUCUGCUUGCCAGUUAUGGUUUUCAUAUGCACAUUUACGUGGAACAGUUUAAUUUCAUUUAUAAUAAUGUAUUCAUAUCUCAAAUUCAUUGUCAUGUGGUUCAUAAAAAUUAUAUACAAUUGAAAAUGAUACAAACCUAAAAAGUAACUAUUGCCAAAAAAAUUUAAAUAUCCCAGGCUGUGUCACAACCGGCCGUGACCGGGAGUCCCAUAGGGCGGCACACAAUUGGCCCAGCAAUGUUAGGGGAGGGUUUGGCCGGUGGGGCUUUACUUGGCUCAUCGCUCUCUAGCGACUCCUUGUGGUGGGCUGGGCGCCUGCUGGCUGACUUCGGUCGUCAGUUGAAUGGUGUUUCCUCCGACACUUUGGUGCAGCUGGCUUCCGAGUUAAGCGGGCGGGUGUUAAGGAGCGCGGUUUGGCGGGUCAUGUUUCGGAGAACGCAUUACUCGACCUUCGCCUCUCCCGAGCUCGUUGGAGUUGCAGCGAUGAGACAAGAUCGUCAUUGAAAAGGGGGUAAAAUACAAAAAAAACACACCAAAAAACCCACAUAUACAGUGGGGAGAACAAGUAUUUGAUACACUGCCGAUUUUGCAGGUUUUCUGACUUACAAAGCAUGUAGAGGUCUGUAAUUUUUAUCAUAGGUACAGUUCAACUGUGAGAGACGGAAUCUAAAACAAAAUCCAGAAAAUCACAUUGUAUGAUUUUUAAGUAAUUAAUUUGCAUUUUAUUGCAUGACAAGUAUUUGAUACAUCAGAAAAGCAGAACUUAAUAUUUGGUAUAGAAACCUUUGUUUGCAAUUACAGAGAUCAUACGUUUCCUGUAGGUCUUGACCAGGUUUGCACACACUGCAGCAGGGAUUUUGGCCCACUCCUCCAUACAGACCUUCUCCAGAUCCUUCAGGUUUCGGGGCUGUCGCUGGGCAAUACGGACUUUCAGCUCCCUCCAAAGAUUUUCUAUUGGGUUCAGGUCUGGAGACUGGCUAGGCCACCCAGGACCUUGAGAUGCUUCUUACGGAGCCACUCCUUAGUUGCCCUGGCUGUGUGUUUCGGGUCGUUGUCAUGCUGGAAGACCCAGCCACGACCCAUCUUCAAUGCUCUUACUGAGGGAAGGAGGUUGUUGGCCAAGAUCUCGCGAUAGAUGGCCCCAUCCAUCCUCCCCUCAAUACGGUGCAGUCGUCCUGUCCCCUUUGCAGAAAAGCAUCCCCAAAGAAUGAUGUUUCCACCUCCAUGCUUCACGGUUGGGAUGGUGUUCUUGGGGUUGUACUCAUCCUUCUUCUUCCUCCAAACACGGCGAGUGGAGUUUAGACCAAAAAGCUCUAUUUUUGUCUCAUCAGACCACAUGACCUUCUUCCAUUCCUCCUCUGGAUCAUCCAGAUGGUCAUUGGCAGACUUCAGACGGGCCUGGACAUGUGCUGGCUUGAGCAGGGGGACCUUGCGUGCGCUGCAGGAUUUUAAUCCAUGACGGCGUAGUGUGUUACUAAUGGUUUUCUUUGAGACUGUGGUCCCAGCUCUCUUCAGGUCAUUGACCAGGUCCUGCCGUGUAGUUCUGGGCUGAUCCCUCACCUUCCUCAUGAUCAUUGAUGACCCACGAGGUGAGAUCUUGCAUGGAGCCCCAGAUCGAGGGUGAUUGACCGUCAUCUUGAACUUCUUCCAUUUUCUAAUAAUUGUGCCAACAGUUGUUGCCUGCUCACCAAGCUGCUUGCCUAUUGUCCUGUAGCCCAUCCCAUCCUUGUGCAGGUCUACAAUUUUAUCCCUGAUGUCCUUACACAGCUCUCUGGUCUUGGCCAUUGUGGAGAGGUUGGAGUCUAUUUGAUUGAGUGUGUGGACAGGUGUCUUUUAUACAGGUAAUGAGUUCAAACAGGUGCAGUUAAUACAGGUAAUGAGUGGAGAACAGGAGGGCUUCUUAAAGAAAAACUAACAGGUCUGUGAGAGCCGGAAUUCUUACUGGUUGGUAGGUGAUCAAAUACUUAUGUCAUGCAAUAAAAUGCAAAUUAAUUACUUAAAAAAUCAUACAAUGUGAUUUUCUGGAUUUUUGUUUUAGAUUCCGUCUCUCACAGUUGAAGUGUACCUAUGAUAAAAAUGACAGACCUCUACAUGCUUUGUAAGUAGGAAAACCUGCAAAAUCGGCAGUGUAUCAAAUACUUGUUCUCCCCACUGUAAAUCACAUUGGCUACGCAUGGCCUUUCUGCAACGAACUUGAAACAUUGUAUCAACUAUUCUGGCCUGAAGCUCCUUGCAACAUUGUAUAAAAUAUUCUGGGCCCUCAGUUUCCAGCUUCAGUGAGCUCGGAACAGACACAGCUGUAAGCUAUUUGCACAAGGGAUAAGAAGUAAUCAGGUAGGCCUAUUUUAUAAUCAGAGCAUGGAUCAGAGCAUGACAUUUUUCAGUUUCAUGCUGAGUGGUUAUCGAAAGGGAGAGAGCUGAAAAGAUUUUUCGAAUAAAUUGAGGAAUUAUUGUCAUUCUCAAUGGAUGUAAAAUCAGACUUUGUUUGCUUGCUGUUUGCGUUGAAGAAAACAUUACUUUGAGAAGCUCCACAGCUCAUAAGUGGUGGUGCAUUAAACCAAUCAGAAAUACAAUUUUAUCCCCAAAUGGGCACAUUUUAUAUGCCAACAUUUGCACGUAGGCCAGGUAGCCUAUAGGCCUACUUCUAUGCGUAAUCAGGUGCGCGUUCUUACUCAACAUUGACAGGGAGCGCUCCAAACACCAGACAAUGACUAAAUUGACAAAACUCAUAAAUGGAAUGAAAUAUACCAAAACUUGUUUCUCACAAGUGUAGCAUAGGUUGUGUGCUCUGCAAACAACUGGUCCACUCCGACAAUGAUAAUGUUAAUAGAUUGGAAUAAUAAUACAUUGAAUGCAUUAACAGACAUUACCGUAACCAAACAAACAUUGUUGAUUAGGAAUUAACAGUAAAUGUACUACUGGUGAUAUAUGUAAUGGGGAAUUGAUAGACACUAAAAAUCAAACGCAAACAAUUCACACAAUGAAGUUAUGAAACAAUUAAUGUGCACAAAUUAACGGGAGAGGGCGCAUUCUGGGGGGAGAGACGUGCAUUGUGCAACCACACUCCCCUAGACUGUUCCAUCCCCAUGGCCUCCGCAAUGGAUUAGUCUCGGCCUCAGCAAUGAAUUAGUUCACAGAGGUGGGCGCGAAUAGGACAGGUGUCUUGUGUGCCAUAAAAAAAAUAUAUAUAUAUUUGAUACUGCUCGACUAAAACAAAUCUUGGUCAACCAACAGCCUAUUGACCAAACAAUCAACCAGCCAAAUAAUUGGGGUCAGCCCUACUGGGAAUACUGAGAAUACUGAGUUCUACUGCAACUCGCUGUUGGCUGGCCUCCCUGCCUGUGUUAUUAAACCCCUACAACUCAUCCAGAAUGCCGCAGCCCGUCUGGUGUUCAACCUUCCCAAGUUCUCUCACGUCACCCCCCUCCUCCGCACACUCCACUGGCUUCCAGUUGAAGCUCGCAUCCGCUACAAGACCAUGGUGCUUGCCUAUGGAGCAGUGAGGGGAACGGCACCUCUGUACCUUCGGGCUCUGAUCAGUCCCUACACCCAAACGAGGGCAUUGCGUUCAUCCACCUCUGGCCUGCUGGCUCCCCUUCCUCUGCGGAAGCAUAGUUCCCGCUCAGCCCAGUCAAAACUGUUCGCUGCUCUGGCACCCCAAUGGUGGAACAAGCUCCCUCACGACGCCAGGACAGCGGAGUCACUCACCACCUUCCGGAGGCAUUUGAAACCCCACCUCUUUAAGGAAUACCUGGGAUAGGAUAAAGUAAUCCUUCUACCCCCCCCCCCCCCCCCCCAAAAUUGUAAAGUGGUUAUCCCACUGGCUAUAGGGUGAACGCACCAAUUGGUGAGUCGCUCUGGAUAAGAGCGUCUGCUAAAUGACGUAAAUGUGCCCUUGAGCAAGGCACUUAACCCUAAUUGCUCCUGUAAGUCGCUCUGGAUAAGAGCGUCUGCUAAAUGACUAAAAUGUAAAUGUAAAUGUGAAUACAGAUAUGAAUCUGUUGGUCAAAGAUACCUUUAAAAAAAAAAAUUGGGGUGUGGAUCAGAAUACCAGUCAGUAUCUGGUGUGACCACCAUUUGCCUCAUGCAGCAUGACAUCUCCUUUGCAUGGAGUUGAUCAGGCUGUUGAUUGUGACCUGUGGAAUGUUGUCCCUCUCCUCGUCAAUGACUGUGUGAAGUUGCUGGAUAUUGGCGGGAACUGGAAUACGUUGUCGCACACGUCGAUCCAGAGCAUCCCAAACAUGCUCAAUGAGUGACAUGUCUCGUGAGUUAUGCAGGCCACGGAAGAACUUGGACAUUUUCAGCUUCCAAGAAGUUGUGUACAGAUCCUUGCGACAUGGGGCCGUGUAUUAUCAUGCUGAAACAUGAGGUGAUGGCAUUGGAUGAAUGCCACGACAAUGGGCCUCAGGAUCUCGUCACAGUAUCUCUGUGCUUUCAAAUUGCCAUCGAUAAAAUGCAAUUGUGUUCGUUGUCCGUAGCUUAUGCCUGCCCAUACCAUAACCCCACCGCCUCCAUGGGGCACUCUGUUCACAAUGUUGACAUCAGCAAACCGCUCGCCCACAUCAUGCCAUACACUCGGUCUGCCAUCUGCCCGGUCUGCCAUCUGCCCGGUCUGCCAUCUGCCCGGUCUGCCAUCUGCCCGGUCUGCCAUCUGCCCGGUCUGCCAUCUGCCCGGUACAGUUGAAACCAGGAUUCAUCCGUGAAGAGCAAACUUCUACAGCGUGCCAGUGGCCGUCGAAGGCCCACUGAAGUCGGUUACGACGUCAAACUGCAGUCCGGUCAAGACCCUGGUGAGGAAGAUGAGCACGCAGAUGAGCUUCCCUGAGACAGUUUUUGACAGUUUGUGCAGAAAAUCUUCGGUUGUGCAAACCCACAGUUUCAUCAGCUGUUAAGGUGGCUGGUCUCAGACGAUCCCACAGGUGAAGAAGCCAGAUGUGGAGGGCCUGGGCUGGCGUGGUUACAUGUGGUCUGCGGUUGUGAAGCCGGUUGGACAUACUACCAAAUUCUCUAAAACAACGUUGGAGGCGGCUUAUGGUAGAGAAAUUAACAUUAAAUUCUCUGGCAACAGAUCUGGUGGACAUUCCUGAGGUCAGCAUGCCAAUUGCAGGCUCCCUCAAAACUUGAGAUAUCUGUGGCAUUGUGUUGUGACAAAACAUUUUGAGUGGCCUUUUAUUGUCCCCAGUACAAGGUGCACCUGUGAAUUGAUCAUGCUGUUUAAUGAUCUUCCUGAUAUGCCACACUUGUCAGGUGGAUGGAUUAUCUUGGCAAAAGAGAAGCGCUCACUAACAGGGAUGUAAACAAAUUUGUGCAAUUGUUUCUUAGAUAAAUAAGCUUUUUGUGCGUGUGAAACAUUUCUGGGAUCUUUUAUUUCAGCUCAGGAAACAUGGGUCCAAAACUUUACAUGUUGCGUUUAUAUUUUUGUUCAGUGUAUAUGAACAUGCGGUAAAAAAACCCCAUCUAUAAUGACACUGUGACUGAUCUGAGAGCUGUGUUGUGUUUGAUCCAGUGCUGAUGAGCUGCUGUUGACUGAGAUGGUGUUCAACGGUCUGUUCAACGAUCUGACUGCAGAACAGGUUACUGCUCUGCUCAGUGUCUUCGUCUUCCAGGAGAAUGUAAGCCACACACACACUCACAUGCACAGUACAUUUCCUACGCAAUCAGAUAAAACACUUUUGGCCGGAUAAACAACAUCCUCCUUUCCCACACUCUUCAACUUUAAAUACCAUCACGACACCUCUUACAUACAUACAUACAUACAUACAUACAUACAUACAUCAAGAAAAGCACUCUAACCUAUUACCUGAUAGUAGCCUAGUGACCCCAUCUCUUGAAUUUGAAGUGUUUUAAAGAUUAAUUAGAUCUCCAGUACGUCCUCUUGGCGCUUCCUCUCCCCUCAAGGAAUUCCUGUGUCAAAUGUUUGAAAACGUUUUGUCUUGGCUUUAGCUCAAUUUCAGACCUCCCCAAUAACAAAUUCCACUCUCUAAACGUCCAGGCAGUGGGCGGUCAAUCUGUUAAAAGUAGGCCUUUGUAGGUCUCUGGCACGUUUCCCCCCUCUGUAAGCAGGGAGAUGCAGAGCCAGAGACUCUCCACUGCUGGCCCCAUUAUGGCAGCCCUCAGUUAGGGGCUGUUCCAACUUGGUGCUGGGGUGUGAAAUGCCUGAAGUAAGGGUCUAGCUACAGGUGUAGUCUUGAGGAAAGGUCUAGUGCCGUGUGUAUCAUCAUGUCAGCACUACAUUAAUGGGCCAGCUCCAUGUGUUUGUGUAUUAUCAUAUGAUAUCUGUCUACAUUGCAAUUUAGUCUUCUAUAAUCGUCUAUAUGUCAUGUCUACUGCCUGCAGGUCUCCGUCUCUCGUGCCUCUCUGUUGUCUGUCAGCAGAUCGGCUCUGUGACAUUCACAUGCCGCAGUCUUCCAGUGUCUUGUCGUCCGGCGUCCUGUCGCCCCCGCUGUCGUCCGACGUCCUGUCGCCCCCGCUGUCGUCCGGCGUCCUGUCGCCCCCGCUGGCGUCCUGUCGCCCCCGCUGGCGUCCUGUCGCCCCCGCUGUCGUCCGGCGUCCUGUCGCCCCCGCUGUCGUCCGGCGUCCUGUCGCCCCCGCUGUCGUCCGGCGUCCUGUCGCCCCCGCUGUCGUCCGGCGUCCUGUCGCCCCCGCUGUCGUCCGGCGUCCUGUCGCCCCCGCUGUCGUCCGGCGUCCUGUCGCCCCCGCUGUCGUCCGGCGUCCUGUCGCCCCCGCUGUCGUCCGGCGUCCUGUCGCCCCCGCUGUCGUCCGGCGUCCUAUUGUUAGUCAGGCUAUCAAAGGACAUCCCAAUUGAAGCUAAGGACAAAAUAGUGUGACCGUUUCUAGUUUGAGAUCUAGCAGCUAGGGUGGAGGGAGAAAAUGCUAAGGUCAUCCGUGACCUUUAGAGAAGAAACACUUAGCCGACACAGUAGAACCAGAUGCUCUGCAGUGUGAGUGCUCCCUCCCAUUACUAAAGUGGGUCACUCGGCAUGUUUCUUAAAUCAAUAACCGACAGACGGCAGUAAUGUUUUAUUGACACUUAGGAGUACAGGAGCAGAGACAGAUUAAUUAUCCUGCUACCGAGUGCCUCGGACCACAACAUCGGCUGACAUUUUCUGUUGAUUUUCCAACAUUUCUGCAUGUUGAAAACAUCCACUGCUCUUCGACACGCAGCAGGUGGUCGUAUCCGAAGCGUUAGACUAACGUCAUGUUUGUGUUCUCUUUCUUCCCUCAGGCAAACGAGAUGCCCAAGCUGACAGAGCAGCUGGCUGGACCACUGAGACAGAUGCAGGUAAACAUUCAUCACUACACUGCAGAAUAGGAGCUGUCCAUGGGGUUAGCCUAGGUUACAAAGCAGGAUCAAUGUGUGUCCCUGGUCAAAAGUAGUGGAUUUGGGGCACAGCCAAUGAGUUUAGCAGCUGGCUUUUCUAAAUAUUAUUAAAUAACUUCAUAAAUAUAGAAUUGCAAUGGGCAUGGUAACAAACUGGAUACUUGGUGACGGUGCUUUGUGAAACACCCCUCAGACCUGGUUUAGUCUGCUUUUCAGAUGUGUGGUUUCUAAGACUUAGCUCAUGCUAAACCAAAGCAUACAUGUUUAACUACACUGCAAUGUAUGUGAGACUUGGCAGCCAACCAGUUUACCUGUUCUAUUGACUUAUUGCUGUUUCUGUCUGCUGAAACCUGUCAGCACUGCCAAGCCAACUAGGUCCACAGUCUACAAUCUAGAUGUUUGGUGAAAGAUUUAAGAUUGGGUCUCCCUGCCUGAGUGUUUUCCUUCAUGUGAAUGGCUGCUUGAGAUGAACAGCAAACUACAAUAAAGCUGAAAUGAAUAAUACAUUUCCUGUCCAUUUUCUAUUUACUUUAUUUUACAAGGAUUGAGCUCCCAACCGACUUUGAUUAAUUAUUCUGAGCUUGAACAUGUUAUUUAUUAUUCAAUGUCUGCUUUCCUGAACUGUCUGGUUGUCAGGAGUGUGCCAAGCGCAUUGCCAAGGUGUCUGCGGAGGCUAAACUGGAGGUGGAUGAGGAGACGUACCUGGACAAGUUCAGGCCUCACCUGAUGGACGUGGUCUACACCUGGGCUAACGGAUCCACCUUCGCUCAGAUCUGCAAGAUGACCGACGUCUUCGAAGGUAAGUACCCCACCAAUACCUGUCGCCCUAAUACCGGUCCAGAACUAUGAAAUGGACAGCUCUUUCCAAAUGUUGUUUUUAUGCAGGACAUCAGACAUCUUUGAAGGUAAAUUGUACGUGCAUUUGAGUCAUUUAGCAGGUGAUCUUAUCAAACUUACAAUCAGUGCAAGGUAACUCGCUUAACGCCUGCCCCCAAUGCCAAUUAAAUGGAUGGCUGAGCACUUACCAAUUGUUGUUUUUCUGUUUCCGUGUGGGGUCUUUCUGUUUCCAAUGUCUACAACUAGUAGUUAAUAACACUAUUAAUUAGUUUUGGCAUUGUUCAUGUUGUAGUACAUUCACAUUUCACGUUUAAGUCAUUUAGCAGACGCUCUUAUCCAGAGUGACAUGUUGUAGUAUAUUGAAGGUGAGCCAAAAGACCUGGUGAAGAACUCUAAUGUUGAAACAUUCUCUGCGUUCUGAUUUGGCUGUGGUCCAAUAUCUUGUCAGGAAUUGUUUUUGUCUGAAAGAGGUACAUUGUUGGAGGCUUGGAGUGGGAGAGAUUCUUCAAAAAAAUAUUAACCAGCCCUGGAUGUCCUUCAAUGGGCUGCAAUAUGUAUAGCUUCAAAAUGUUAACAACUAUCAAAUGGAUGCAAUGGACUGGCCUUACAUCAAGAGUGGCACUGUCUAUGAAUUUGAGAGGGGUUUGGCCUGCAUUUCCCCAGCCCCAUCCCAAUCCCUCAGCUGUAUACGAAAACAAGGGACGGCGCUGCCGUUUCGCUGAAAAACUAAUCCCAGAUUGUAGCUUUAAAGGGAUACCCAUUUUUAUGUCUCUGCGUUUAGUUUGAAGGAACUUGCUAACUAUCAUUAGUGUAAUGACUGGAAGUCUAUGGUAACUGCUGGCAUGCUAGUAGAUACCAUAGACUUCCAGUCAUUGCGCUAACACUAGUUAGCAUUGGCUCUCAAAACUGCGUUUAAAGUCCUUCAUACUGGACACAGAGACAUAAAAAUGGUAUCCAUGAGUUCAUCAGACCCUGGGGAAGUAGAUAAAGGGCUUUAUUGCCAAAAUCCCGAAGUAUCCCUUUAAGGCAUCAUGAGAGUAGAGGAUUUAAAAUAAUGAGAAAUGACUGAAACCGAUCCCCCCCCCUAAAGCUCUCAUUCUCUCCCCAAGGUCACUGUGAGAGAACGCUCGUAUUUGGCUCCGGAUAUCACCCUGACAUGAGCAGUCAAAUAUGCAUCUUCCUUUUUAAUUACGACGACCAUGAUCCAAGUUAAUUUAUUAGAUCUGUCUGAGAUUUUGGCUCUGGGUUCCAUGUGAAGCUAAGCUUGGCUGGAAACUGUGGUUGUGUUUUACUAAGGGGGGAUGGGGAGUUGGAGUGAGUAAGAGGGAGUAUUGGUCUUCUCUCUCGUUGAGUAGGGGUCUGGUCACUCUGACAGGGGGAGCCUUGUUGUGGUUGGUACUCAUGGUACCAUGUCGUGGUGUGGUUGGUACUCAUGGUACCACGUUGUGGUGUGGUUGGUACUCAGGGUACCACGUUGUGAUGUGGUUGGUACUCAUGGUACCACGUUGUGGUGUGGUUGGUACUCAUGGUACCACGUUGUUGUGUGGCUGGUACUCAGGGUACCACGUCGUGGUGUAGUAGGUACUCACUGAACACUCCCAAGGUUGUUUCAGUUAACCCUUAAUGAUUACCUGCAACUCUAACUUUAUUGCAACUCUCCCCUUCCCUUGAGCCUUGGUGGCUCCAAUGUUGUUAUUUUGACUUGGGUCUAUCAGGCUUGAUAGCCAGGUAUUGCUUUGGUCAAACUGACCCCUGUUUCUCUCUGUGCUUUGUGCUGAACUGGCUGAAGGGAGUGUUUGCAUAAUGAGCCCCGUCUCUUUGCUCUGUCCAUAGGGAGUAUAAUCUGUGUUGCACUCAGCCCUGUGUCUGUGCUAUGUCUUUAGUAUAACCCUGUCUGUCUUUAGUAUAACCCCCUGUUCUGUCUGUCUUUAGUAUAACCCCCCGUUCUGUCUCUUUAGUAUAACCACCCCGUUCUGUCUCUUUAGUAUAACCCCCCGUCCUGUCUCUUUAGUAUAACCCCCCGUUCUGUCUGUCUUUAGUAUAACCCCCCGUUCUGUCUGUCUUUAGUAUAACCCUGUCUGUCUUUAGUAUAACCCCCGUUCUGUCUUUAGUAUAACCCCCCGUGUAUAACUCCCGUUCUGUGUCUUUAGUAUAACCCCCGUUCUGUCUCUUUAGUAUAACCCCCGUUCUGUCUUUAGUAUAACCCCCCGUUCUGUCUGUCUUUAGUAUAACCCCUCUCGUCUUGUUCCGUGUCUUUAGUAUAAUCCCCGUUCUGUCGGUCUUAGUAUAACCCGUUCGUGUUUAGUAUAAUCCUCCGUUCUGUCGGUCUUUAGUAUAAUCCCCGUUCUGUCUUUAGUAUAAUCCCCGUUCUGUCUGUCUUUAGUAUAAUCUCCCGUUCUGUCGGUCUUUAGUAUAAUCUCCCGUUCUGUCGGUCUUUAGUAUAAUCCCCGUUCUGUCGGUCUUUAGUAUAAUCCCCGUUCUGUCGGUCUUUAGUAUAAUCCCCCGUUCUGUCGGUCUUUAGUAUAAUCCCCCGUUCUGUCGGUCUUUAGUAUAAUCUCCCGUUCUGUCGGUCUUUAGUAUAAUCCCCCGUUCUGUCUCUUUAGUAUAACCCCCCGUUCUGUCUGUCUUUAAUAUAACCUCCCGUUCUGUCGGUCUUAAAUAUAACCUCCCGUUCUGUCGGUCUUUAGUAUAACCCUACUUUCUGUCGGUCUGAAGGAGUAUAAUUCUGUCUCCCUGCGCUGUGCUGAGUUGUCUGUUUGCAUAUUGAUCCCUGUCUGUCUGUCUGUAGGUAGUAUAAUCCGCUGUAUGCGUCGCCUGGAGGAGCUACUGCGUCAGAUGUGUCAGGCAGCCAAGGCCAUCGGCAACACCGAGCUGGAGAACAAGUUUGCAGAGGGUAAGAUCUGUUCUGCUCACUGGCUGACUCAAUCCUCACACAGCUCAGAGUAUUCAACUAUAGUCUAAACUAGUAGGAGAUCAAGUUUGCAGAGGGUAAGUCUGUUCGGCCUACUGCCCUCUUAUAGCCGGCUUCCCACACCCAGAUUAAGCCUACUGGACUAGGAAGCAUGCUGAACUGAGAAUCUUCUUUUAAAAUGGCUAUUUAGUCCUUUUUGGCAAACUGGUCCUAAAACUUCCUCUGCAGUCUGUGGAGGUAAACCUCCGGUACUCUGCAGUCUGUGGAGGCAACCCUCGGGUACUCUGCAGUCUGUGGAGGUAACCCUCGGGUACUCUGCAGUCUGUGGAGGUAACCCUCUGGUACUCUGCAGUCUGUGGAGGUAAACCUCUGGUACUCUGCAGUCUGUGGAGGUAACCCUCGGGUACUCUGCAGUCUGUGGAGGUAACCCUCGGGUACUCUGCAGUCUGUGGAGGUAACCCUCGGGUACUCUGCAGUCUGUGGAGGUAACCCUUGGGUACUCUGCAGUCUGUGGAGGCAACCCUCGGGUACUCUGCAGUCUGUGGAGGUAACCCUCGGGUACUCUGCAGUCUGUGGAGGCAACCCUCGGGUAUACCAUACACUAGGUUCUGUGUUAGGUUUCAGCUAGACACUUGGAAACUGAAUUACUACAAACUUGUGCGGAUCUUUGGACCCCGACCGAAACAAAUCUCGAGUUUUAUGGACCAGUUUGUUGUGAGGCACCCAUUAGGCGACUUCAAUAAGAUGUCUAAUAUAGUCUUAGUCUAUAGGUGUACAUUGGCUUUAGCAAGUAAAUGCUCAUAUUUAUUCUGUUUUUCCUUAUAGGUAUCACAAAAAUCAAGAGGGAUAUUGUGUUUGCUGCCAGUCUAUAUCUGUGAUUUGUUGUAUUUUGUGACUGAGAAAUCAACUUUGUAAGACAGAUCUGCAUUUGUUGUUUUGCGUAUCUUCAGUGUGUCCUUCCAUCAUGAUAUCAUCCAGACAAAUGUGUUUUUUAAUAUUUUUAUUGGUGUUCAUGUUAAGCAUAAAAUGGCUUUUUUCCUUCCAAAAAGUGCAACACAUUUGUACAUAGUUUGAACACAAUUGUAAUAAAGUCUGUAGUGAUUUUUUUUUUUACAUACAGAUGGAUAAAAAGUAAGGUAUUUUGUUUGUCUAUUUUGUUGCUUCAGGUACAGAUGCAUUAUAUUAGUCAGG